GUUUCACUUUCGCGGUUCAGAAAUGAGUGAAUUAACUGUAGCAGAAGAAAAAAAAUAGUCCAAUAAAUAGCGCUGUCAUCGAGAAAGCUACAAUGUCAGGACCGCCGAAUGUUAACAACAAUUUGCCGGGCGGCAGUGGCCGUGGCUGGCAACGCACGCCACCUCCCACAUAUUUUCGGUCACCGUCACCAUGGGUACCACCAGGAUCAGUGCUCGCUACACAACGUAUGCAUGCAAAAACCCCUACAAAUGACGUACACAAUCAAUCAGCCAUGAGUUUACCUGUCGGAAUAAGACCUGAAAGUACGAUAUCUAAUGAAACUCGAUAUCAGACGAGUAUUAUGUCAUCAGAAUGUUUUGCCCAAGAAGCUGUUUCACAUUCAACAGCUCAAAGUGCUCGUCCGAUCUCAAUGUUUGAGCAGCAGAUCAAUAGACCGCCUCCAACGACGCCACAUUCACAUUUGGCACACACCCAGUACGGGUACUCAUAUCAAAGUUCAAUGUCACCCACCAUGUACAAUGCGGUUUUACCGGCCGAACAAUUUAAGAUGGUAACUCCAACACGCCAGACUAAUUACUCCAAUCAACACCAUCAACAAACAAGUAGUUCUGUGAUGAGCGCAAGCUUACCGGAGCAAAAUGCAUCUAUGUGUAACCUUGCCGGUGGGGUACCUUCGAAUGUGAUAAAUCCAUCCCAGUACAUCAUAUAUGACCAAUCUAGCGAAGGUGGUCCAUCUACGGCAGAAAUAAUUGCAAAUCAAUCACAGGAUUACAUAGAUGAAAAAUUAGCAGAAUAUCAGGCUACAAUUUAUUUACUACAAGAUGAACAAGAGCGCGUGCAGAAGAAAACAUUUGUGAAUUGGAUAAAUUCGUUUCUACAUAAGCGAAAUCCACCAUUGAAGAUAAACGAUUUGAUACAAGAUCUGAAAGAUGGAACCAAGUUACUGGCGUUAUUGGAAGUUCUUUCUGGAGAACGUCUACCUAUGGAAAAAGGCAAGAUACUACGAAGACCUCAUUAUUUAAGUAACAUAAAUACAGCACUGCAGUUUCUGUCCAGCAAAAGGAUUAAAUUAGUCAACAUUAAUCCAUCUGAUAUUGUUGAUGGUCGUCCCGCUGUAGUUCUGGGAUUGAUAUGGACAAUAAUAUUAUACUUCCAAAUAGAAGAAAACAGUCGCAUUUUACAUUAUCUAAAUGAGAACAUCAGCGGAUCGGUGAGCAGCUUAGACAGCUGUACUGCAUCUCACAUUCCUAGUCCUAGCAAACCCGUAUCUCAAGAAGUUGUCGUCGGUAUUGGAAAUCAAGACAUGAUGAAACAAGGACCUAGAAAAACACUCCUAAGUUGGGUGAACAACGCGCUUCCGAAGCAAUCCGGUUUAGAGGUUCGCGAUUUUGGAGCUAGCUGGAGAGAUGGAAUUGCCUUUCUGACAUUGAUCGACGCCAUAAAAACCAACCUUAUCAAUAUAGUCGAAAUGAAAAAGUUCAAUAAUCGUCAUCGAUUGGACACUGCAUUCAACGUAGCAGAAUCAGAAUUAGGUAUUGCUAGAUUACUCGAUGCAGAAGAUGUCGAUGUUAAUAGCCCCGAUGAGAAAAGCAUAAUGACGUAUGUUGCACAAUUUUUGCAUAAAUAUCCCGAUGUCAAGAACAUAAACUCUAAAAGUGAAAAUGAACAAGAACUUUUGGACCUACUGAAUUGGCUUCAAAGUGCGGUGCGGUAUUAUGAUAGUUUGAAUGGAAAUUAUCCUAACUCCUAUGACGCGUUUGUACAAUUUGAUCUGGAAAAGUCUGAAAAGUGGAAUGUUUAUAAAAAAAUUAAAAACAUAUACGGUUCUAAAAGUUCGCCUGAGGUGCAAAAGUUAAACAAUUUGUGGCCUCGAUUAGAACGUCAUAUGCAGCUUUGGCUGUGGCAUCUAGACAUCAAUCUUCCCGAUCAAUUUGGAGUUAUUGGUCUGUGGUUGAGCAAUGGAGAAAAACUGUUAAACGAUGAUGAUAUUCCAAGUAGUAUGAAUGAAGAAACUGCAUCGCUCAUUAGCAAGAAACUGGAGGCACAUAAGCAAUUCUUUGUGGCAUAUCCUGAGGUUCAAGCAACAUUCAACGAGUUGAAGGCGAGGUAUGCUGCAAAUAAAAGUGCCGAUAAUCACAUCAAAUCUCUUGAUAAGAGAUUGUCAGAAAUAGAGCCAAAAGCUAAACAGAGGAGAAUAAAGUUGAAAUUUCUCGAGCAUAAAUGUUGCCUCAUUGCCUUUCUGAACCUUCUAGAAAAUAAAAUCAAUGGAGUAAAGUAUAACAACGAAGAGGUAGUGAAACAAUCGUUGGAUCAACUAAAAAGUUUUGUAACCAGAAAUCAUAUAAUGCAAGAGUUUGAAAAGGCUCUCAUUGAUAUGCGUCAAGUUAUCGAAGAGUAUAAAAUCGACGGAAAAAUUUCCAAAAAAGAGGUAUACGACAUUGACACUUUUCUACGAGAUAUUGAGGAUCGUUGGAAAAAUGUUUCGUCGCGAUUAAUAUGUACCGAAACCAUGCUAGAGGAUGUUAUUGGUCACUGGCAACGAUGGAAAACUCUAACAAAUGAUUUGGAAAACUGGAUAAUUGAGGCUCAACAUGCCUUAAAACUAACCGAAGACGAGCAGAUAUAUUUCUUUCAGAACCUGAAUAAAUACAAAGAAAGAUAUGAUGCUUUGGGCGACACGUACAAUGUUUUGAAAUCAACUUGUGAUUACGAAACAUCCGUUAUCAUAAACAAUAGAUACAAACAAAUCAUGCUUCAUUGGGAACAAUUGUUCCAAAGUUCUAAGCAAUACUUGCAUGUCGGAGAUGUCCUACAACAUAGACAGAAAUUCAAAACCGAUGCGACACAUUUGAGUGAAUGGAUACAAAAAGCUGAAAAGACUUUGGCUAGGAACAAUUUGAACAAUUCGAAUGAAAUUAAAAAGUGCGAGGAAGCUAUCAAACAUAUCGCGUGCGAAAUUGAAUCAAUGGAAGAACUUUUCAAAUCUAUCAGUAAAAGUUUUCAAUUUCUUAUAAAAGAGUAUUCCAGGGAUGAAGUUGACAAAAUGAUGAACCUAAUGAAAAAGGAAAAAGAGGCACUAGUAUGUAUAAGAGCCCAGAUACCAAUGAAAUUACAUCUUUUUCAUCAAAUGUUGACACAGCAAGAAGCGCUUGAAUCUGGUCAAAAAGAAAUUUCUGGAUGGCUAGAUGAAGCAGAAAAUCUGCUAAUUUCAUAUGCAUUUACCAAUGAUCCGGAACAGACUAUAAAUAAUCUAGCGAGACAUAAAUCAUUCUUCAGUCGAACACUCUACUAUAAAUCAAUGCUGGAAAGUAAAAACAACGUAUUCCAAAAUCUUAUCAAACUGUCAAAUACAGAUAAUAGUGUCAAUAUGACCGAUGCUUCGGCGAGGAUGAAACAAUUGAAUGAACGUUUUGCAUAUGUUAUGAAUAAUGCAAACGAUUGGGAGUAUAAACUACAAGAAAAUAUGAAGGUGUGGGAACUGUUUUCCGCGAGCAACGCAAAGGUUGAACACUAUCUACGACAAGCUAAUGCAUGGCAAACUGAGUCUGGUCAGUUGCAAAAAAUAAACGACAUAGAAAGCCAGAUAGAAUUCUUCAGUAAUAUAGAUCCGACCAUCAUUAGUGAACUUGAAUCGCACACCGAAGAAUUACUUAAGUUUUUACCACCAGAUGAGCAGCGCGUGCUGAUUAGUAAAGUUGAAUCAAUUCAAAAGCAAUGGAGUGAUACAACUUUCAGGAUACCUAAUAUUUUGCUCAAGUUAGAAUUCAAAUCAAAUGAAAUUAAAUUCUACAAUCAUGUCAACGAAAUCGAAAAAGAAUUGAAUGCCGAAGAACAAGCGUUUAAUUACAAUGAAAACUUUGAAAGUAUUAUUCAACGCAACAACGAUUUUUUCAAAACCAACGAUCUGCAGGAAGUUGAAUCUAUUCUAGCAGCAUUAGAGAAAAUUAAUUGCGUUUACUUGAAUAAAUUUCCAAAUGAUCCUGCUUUAUCCCAUCCAUAUCACAAGGCAAACGAUAGAUGGGUGGCAAUUUGUAAAAGAAUUGAAGCGGUCAAGCAUGCGCUGUACAAAAUUCCUGCCCAAUGGGAUGCGUAUUACGCAAAAUUCAACGAGAUGUCUAGUUGGAUGGAUUGUGUGGAUCAGUCUUUAAAAGCCAUUGUCGUCGAAAAAGAUUCCAUGGAGCAAUUCGAACAGGAGAAAAUAGCAUUCCAGCUGAAAACAUUUAUGAAUAUUUGCUUCGAAGCUGAUGCAAAAAGAGAUGAUAUGAAAUGGCUCGUAAAAACAUUGGAUUAUUUGUUAAACCAUGCCAGUGAAGACAAGGCAACUACGGAACAGGAAAAAAUUGAAAAUUUGAUAGCACGAUACAAGACACUCAUACCAGUUAUUGAAACAACAAUGAUCAAAACAGAAACGUUUGCCAAAUGUUACACAUAUCGACGUGAAACACAGGAAGUGUGCGAUCUUCUCAACCGUAUUAAGAUACAAAGCCUUAAUUCUCCAUCUCCAGAUUCUUAUCGAAAAGUAAAUGAAUUAAUUGAAGAACAAAACUUUUCGAUCAAAGAAUUAGAUAACCAGAGAACACAUAUAAUGAAAAUGAUACAAAAAGGAAAAGAUUUGAGCAAAAACGUGAAUGCGCCUGAGUUUAUGAACCAUGAAGUUAAUAAUCUGGAACACUGUUGGAAUGAGACAUACAACGAAGCGGCGGAUCGAUUAAAAAUAUUAAAAGAUGUUCAAAAAGUAUGGACUAGCUAUAAUGAACAAAAAGGUAAAAUCGCUAGUUUGCUAAAUAAUGCAGAAACUGAGCUUAGAUCAAUCACACCAUUGCAAACUGAUCCUAAAAGUGUUACUCAAGAUCUUGAAACGAAAAAACAGUUGAUUGUACAUCUACGCCAGGCAUCAUCAACAUCGUUAUUGCAUCUGAAUGAUCUUUGUCGUGAGUUGGGUCAAUCUAUUCCACCAAGCUCUAAGCAAGCGAUCGAGAAGGAAACUACGGAUCUUAAAAAAAGAGUUUUAAAUACUGUAGAUAUCGUCGAUAAGAGAAUUGAAUACCUUGAAGAUUAUAAUAAUAAAUGGAAAGAGUACAAAGAACGCUUAGAUAACCUCAAGAAUUGGGCUAAUAACGUGUACCCAAAAAUGGUAUCAGCAAUAAAGCAACCUCAUAUAACGCCUGAGGACCGAGUAAUCAAAACAACUCAGCUAGAAAAUGUUCUGACAGAGAAAAUGAGAAUGUUAGACGUUCUAAAUGCCAGCGCCAAAGAUUUAGCAUCUAAAGAAGGCAAUUUAGGAGAGAUGAAACGAUUAAAAAGUGAAGUUGUGCAACUUCAAGGGACUUUUGUUGAACUUAACAGUGCAGUCACCAGUGAAAAAGUUUCUGUGAACAAAGAUUUGGAAGCUUGGAAAGAUUUCAGUGGUGAACUAAACGGCAUUAUCGCUUGGGCAGACCAAACUGCUGUUUCUCCUGAAUUUCAACAAAUCAAAGUAACUAGUCUCCCUGAAGCAAAGCAGUUGCAGUUAAAAUUAGAUGCACAUACCGAGCAAUGCAAAGAAAAAAUCGAUGAGCUACAAAAUACAAUCAACAAGUGCAAUAAUAUCAAGUAUGGAGUUAAGCCUACCGAGGAAAUUGACAAGUGCUACAUAAAACUUACCGACUUAUACGAAAAUUCACAACAUUUAAAGGGCAAAGUUGACAAGCUGGUUUCUAAUUGGUCUGUAUUAGAUAAUGACUUGAAAAAACAAGAAAUCUAUUUGGAUAAGGUGAACGAAAAUAUGAUGCCGUCCCUAGUGGGUUCUUCCUGUGAAUUGCCGAUUGAUAAAUUAGAGGAGAAAAUAAAAAAGCUUAAAUUAUUUAACAACGAAAUUUCAGAGCAACAAACCAAACUAAUUUCACAAGUUCACCUCUUCGACCAGAUCAAUAAUAGCAUAUCAGACGAUGGGGUUCGCAUUUUAAGGGAAAGGUUAAAUCAACCAAGAGAUCAAUUAGCAAAAAUCAGCGAAAACUUACGAAUAUUAAUAAAUGAAUGCUACCAAAGCAUUGUUGUGCAACAGAACUUCAACGCAUUAAUGGGAGAGUUUAGCGAUUGGAUGGAUCAGAUGCGAACAAGUAUAAGUGGUUUGGAAGAAACGUCGAUUAACGAGAUUGACCUUACUCUUCAAAACGUGCAAUAUUUGCUCCAGCAACACGCUAACAAACGUGAUAUGUUUAACAAUAUCUAUUCUCACGUAAAACAACAAAGUCUAACUGGUUCCGAAAGAAAUAAUACUCUGCUCGAUGAAACAUAUUCAUCACUUGCCAGUAAUUAUCAGAAUCUCGAAUCAACCCUCCAAACGUCGAAAAACUACUUACAAAAAUGGGCAGAGUUCUUGCACUGGGACAAAUCGAUGAAGGAUCAAAUUCGACUUUUGAAAGAUAGUGUUACCCAAAAUGACGCCAUUUCCGAAUCAGAUUUGAGCGAUUUAAACGACAGCAUUAGUAAUAUUAAAGGCUGCAUUGAGGGUUGGAAAAAAGCAAUGAUAUCCCUAGAACACCAACCCUGCAUAAAACUGUAUGACAAUCUACAAAAACCAGUCAAUGCUGUUCUUAUGAUUGCCGAUUUGGAAAACAAACUAGAUAGUAUUAAACACCUUACCAGUGCUAGACAAAAGGAUAUCGAUAGCACAAAAGAGAGAGCUCAAAGAUUUGAUGAGCUGCAAAACCAAAUUAUUCCCAAUUUGAACAAAAUUUCAGACGACCUUGAAGACAUCGUCAAACAUGCUAGAUUGAGCAAUAUUGAUGAAUGUUUGGAAAAGUUGUCCGACUUAAAUAAUCGAAUAGAAUGUGAAUGUGCCGUAAAGUCUCAGGCUCAAUAUGAAGGCAACAUGUUGUUAAAGCAUGAAAUGAUUCCUGCCAUUGAUGUUCGAGAAUCUCUAGCGGUGCUCGAUAAAGAGAUGAACAACAUUCGCCAGAGAGCUGACGAAAUUUUCAAUACUUUUGCAAGUGUGCAAAAUGCAUAUAACGACUUUAACAGAGGCAACUUGGGUUUCCAGAAUGAUCUUAAAAACAUCAACGUUAUUAAUAAUUCUACAAUACUGACGUUCAAUGAUAAACAAUCAUUGGUUCAAAGUCUCGAACAACUAAAGAGCGCUUCCGAAACAAUGAAAAAUAUCAAGAAAAAGGUCGAUGUAGUAGCGAAUAAAGGAAAUGACGUAGUGAAGUCUUUCCGUGAUUACAAUCCACAAGACUGCGAAAAUUUGCUUGAAAUCGUAAGACAAAACAGUGACAAGUUGAAAAAUAAUUUACAAAUGCUGAUAGAUAACAGUAACCUGUUGGAUCAGAGGUUGUCUCUUUAUAAACAGAUUGAGGAUCAGUUUCGAGAUAUAGAACUUUGGCUUGACAUGGUUCAAGAACAAUUCGCUCAUGUUAUGGACAGUCCAAAUGAAAUGGAACAUAAAAUUUUCAGCUAUAAAACGGAAUUACCUGCCCAACUUGCGUUGAAGGAAAACUUCGAUCAUCUAUUAACUGAAUUCAAACGAUCAAAUAGUAAUGUUUUACCGAGAGAUAUUGCAGCGAUGGCAAUAAAACUAGACAAUGCAUUCGCGCAAGUUGACCAAAAUGUGAACGAACUCAACAAUAAAUUAUCAGAAUACACCGCACAAGAACGUUGUUUGAAGGAUCAAAUAAAAUCUCUGAUUGAAAAUCUUUACACAAUUCGCGAAGAAAUCAUCAGCUGUGAUGAUAAUACAUCAGACAUUAUAAAACAAUUGAACAAUCUAGAUCACAUUAAAAAAGUGAGAUCAAAACUCAACUUACUAGGAGUGAAGAUAACGGAGUUGAAAAAUAAUACUAUUUAUGCGGAAGCAAAAUAUGAUACAAUGAAAGAAAAUACUAUAUCUAAAGAGAUACAGAAUUUAGAGCAACGAUUUGGCAGUACACUCAAUAGUUUAAACGAAGUUGAAAACAAAUUGAGCAAGCUUGUUGAGAAGUUGUUCAGGGACAAACUUAUGACUUUCAGUAGAUUGAUAUCUUCACAGUCGGAGAAACUGAAAUGGUGUCAUCCUGAACUUAGCAGCGAUAAACAUAACCUAGAGAUGAAAAAAGCGGCUUUAGUUGAUGUCAGGGCAUUUCUUGAUACCAAUGACACUAUGACGGAAGAAAUCUCCCAACUUCUUCAGUCGUUAUCUGAUGUAUUCAAUCACACAAAAUUGGAAAGCCUUAAGGAACAUAAAUGUGAAAUUGAGCACGAGUUUCAGCAACUCAAAACUACGUUCAUUCAAAUAGAGACUGAUCUAAACUCAAACAUACAGCUGUGGCAAAAAUAUGAGAGUAUAUCAGGAGAAAUAAUCCAGUGGCUUAAGGAGGUGGAGCAGAAACAUAAGAUGGAAACAAUAUUAUUGAUGGAUGUGUUUACAUUGAGUGAAAAAAUCGAUGAAAUGCAAACCGCUCAUAAAACAUUAAUUGAGUUUGAACCGAAACUUAACGCGCUACUUGAAGUUGGAACUGAGAUAAACACCUUGAAUCCUGAUUCACGAGCGCUAAUACUUGUACAACAUCUUCAGACUAGAUAUAAGUCAUUUGAUAAAUAUUUCUCCAACAUGUUAGUACGACUACUUGAUGUUCACUCUAGGAAUAAAAAAUUCAAAGAGGAAGUUAAUAAAGCUCAUAAUUGGAUACAAGAUAUAAAACAACAGCAAAAUGUUCAAAACAACUCUUCGGAUAAAGAUUACGAAAAAAUUAUGGCUCGCCGUGCUAUUAUUAUGGAACAAGAGAAUUUCAUCAACGAAGUAUGUUCAACAGGAGAGAAUUUGUAUGCUGAAGUGAACGCUGAAAGUCGAGAGAGCAUUAGAGAGGAUAUACAAACUUUAAGAAACGCGUUCAGUUCAAUAGCUGAAGCUUGCAGUGCGGAAGUCAAACAAAUGGAAGCUAAUAUAAUGAACAAGAAAACAAUCGAGGAAAGUUUUGGCCAAAUAUUUAAAUGGCUUUCAGAUUUAAAGAACAAACUAUCCGGCUUGCGGCAUUUGUAUGCAACACUACAAGAGAAGAAAACAGCACUAUUGAAUAGCACGACAAUGCUGAAAGAUGCAAAAACUUAUGAGACUAGCAUUGAUCAGUUGCAGACGAAACUAACAACAUUGUCGUUUCCAGAUUCUGGUCUGAAGUAUGAGGAGGCUCAAGAACAAAUUAGAACCAUCAAGCAGGAGUUGAUGAAAAUAACUCAAAAUAUGGAGGACAAUGUUAAAGAACACCAGCACUACGAUCACUUACUUGAAAAAUCUAUAAACUGGUUGCACAGAUUGCAAUCUCAAGCCGGUGAGCUUCCUGCUGAUUCCGAAAUGAAUAGGUCAAAGAUCGAGGAAAAUUUAAUGAUUAUCGAAAAUGUGCUUUUGGAAGAAGACCCUGCACUCGAUGGCAUUAAUGAUUGCUACAAUCAGUUUACCAAAGUUAUGACUCAGACUCAUGAUAAUGGUCAUUCCUAUCUGUUAAAAUUGUUUGAAAGUAAUAAACAGAAUUGGAAGAUAUUUUUCGAAAAAUGUAGAACAAACAAGAAAAGGCUACUGGACAUGCUUAGUCAACUAGACGCUGCAAUGAAUAAUCUCGAUGAAUGUCUUGUUAGACUGAAUACUAUUAAAAAUCAAAUAAAAGAGAUCACUAUAAAUAUCCCGAUAGACUCGAAGGAAGAAAGUUCUAUGGCAUUACAUGAAAUAAAAAAUAAAAUUCAAAAUUUGGGAGUUCACAUUCGUAACACAAUAGAUGGAUGUCAAGGUAUGAAAGCAAACACAGAUAUUUCUAAUAAAAUAGUACAGAUUCAAAACGAAUAUCGAAUUCUGACAAAUCAGUGCUCGGAUGCCAUCAAUAAAGUAGAGGCAGCAAUUCACGAGCAAGGUGAUUUUAACAAGAGCUAUGACGCUUUAAUUGAUACGAUUAAAAACAACAUGGAAAUACUCAAAGAAUAUAAACAACUUGUUGGUGAUUUGAAUGUGUUACAAAAUCGACAAAUGCGUCUCAAAGAAAUAGCCUAUCAAAGGCUGGACAAUAUUAGCAUUCUUGAAGAAAUUAUAGCCAAAGGGGAAAAAAUGUGCACCCAAAUUUUACCCGAAGGUCGCGAAACUAUUCGACACAAACUAGCAGAGCUUCAGAAGUUAUGGGAUAAUUUCUCGGAUGAAUUAGAGCUGGUUACCCACAAAGUUGACCUGUGUAUAGUGCAGUUUGGUGAGUUCAGAUCUCAGCAAGAGCAACUUUCCAAAUGGUUGAAAGACAUUGAGAAUUCAAUGAAAUCAAAUGCGGAACUGAAAUCUAACAUUCAAGAGAAACGAGCACAAUAUCAAAAUCAUAAACUGUUACAUCAGGAAGUUCUAUCGCAAAGUGGUUUAAUUGAUUCUGUGUGUAGCAAAGCACAGCAAUUGCUAAUAUUGAUUAAAGAUCAGCACCUCCAAACUUACUUGAUAUCUAUUAAGGACACCUUCAAAAAUAUAGUUGAAAAAUCAAAUGAGCUAUUGAAUAACCUUAACAACUGCGUCAAUGCUCAUAACAACUAUUUAACGUCAUAUACAAAGCUGAAACAGUGGAUCAACGAGGAACGCACCAAGGCUAUGCUUUGUGAUGAAUGCGGAGGUGAGAAAAGUGAAAUAAACAAACGUUUGGAGAUACUUAACGGUUUGAAAUCAGCCCAAUCAAAAGGAGAUGAAUUGUUCAAUCAUCUCCUACAAUGCCACGAAACCAACAAACUCAGUACGACAUCUAACGGAAUUUCAACAGCAGAAAAUGAAAUUCAGUCGAUUCGAAAAGACCUGAAAACUCUUUACACUAUGAUCGACGAACAAAUUGAGGCUCAGAAGAAUUUUCUGCAAAAUUGGGCUCAAUUUGAUAAGGAACUGGAUACACUUACCAAAUGGUGCAGAUCGAUGGAGGCAAUCUUUCGUGAACAGCAGUUGUUUGAUUCUUUGGAGAAAAAACAAAAUCAAUUACAAUUGUACCGUGCCAACUUAGAGCUAAUAAUAGGCAAACAGAAAGAUAUUGACGAUUUUGCCACGAAUGCCCAAGCUCUGUUUAAUAAAACUGGUGUUGAAAAAAUCAAAUUUUACAUCAACCAACUAAUUAAUCGAUACCAACUAUUGCAAGUGUUGAGUAAAGAGGUUGUCAAUCGUACUCAAAAUAUCGUUAAUGACCAUAUAAACUAUGAAGAGAAAUUGGGUGAGUGUAAGAUUUCCAUAACAAACCUAAGUAAUGACGUGGAUCAAGCUAUAAAGGAGAAAGUACCAACUGCCAAUCAGCCUGUGCUGCAGAAGAUUGAGAUUGAGAAAGAAAAAUUAGAAAAUGGCAUAUCAAAUCUCAUUUCUAUAAACGAGAAAGUGUUAGCAGAAACCACUGCACAGGGUCGCGAAAAGUUGCGCAACGAUAUCAAAGAAAUCAAAGAACUGUGGAACACUGUUCAAUUAGCUAUAGCGAAUUUGAAGAAACAGCUUGAUGUGCGGUCCGUACAGUGGUCCUCUUAUCAGGAUAUCUUGCAGCAGGUGUUAACCUGGUUAGCAACAACGGAGAAAAAGAUCGAUGUUAAUGAAUCUCAAAAUUGGUGCACACCACAAGAAAUACGUUCGAAGCUCUUCAAAUAUAAAUCUCUUUUACAAGAAAUUAUGAGUCAAAGACGCAUGAUCGAUUCGCUAAAUGAAAAAGCUAUUCAAAUUUCCGACGACAAAGAUAAUGAUAUUUCCACAAAAAUGCAAUCAAUCAAUGAACGAUUCGACAUGCUGAAAAAAACCACGAGUGACGUGAUAUCAAAGUUAGAGCAGUCUCUUGAGUUUUGUAACAAAUUCAAUGAAUUGCAAAAAUCACACAUGGAUGGACAGGAAACGUUACUGAAUGAGUUGAAGCAACUGUCUGACGUUUCAGGAAGCAGAAGAAACGUUUUAGAUAAAAUUCAAAAGGUUAUCGACUUGCAAAAUAUGAUACCGGAAAUAAAAGAAAGAUUCAAAAAUUUAUACCAACUCAUUUCCGAUAAUAAGGAUCUUAUUUCAAACGCUGCAAAGACUAAUAUGGAAAAUGAUCUGGCGAAAAUGAAGUUAGAAUUGGAUAAAUUUGUUGGUCUCGUUAACGAUGCUAAAGUGGAGUUGCAGAAACGUGUAAACCUAUGGGAUCAAUAUCAACUUGAUAUAGAUCAAAUUAAUUGCGCCCUAAUAGGAAUUGAAGAUACAAUGCGGAGUUAUACAUUGAAAAAUACGUUGAAAGAAAAACAAGAGCAACACGAUUUUUAUCAAACGUUAGUGGGGCAAAUGAAGCAAAUGAAUCUUUUAUUCGACAAUCUGUUGGAUAAAUCUUCAGAACUACUACAAAACAGUGGUGACGCUAAAAUUUCCUUAAACAUGCCGCAAUUGAAAUCAAGAAUGCAGUCUGUAGAAACAACUGUGAAAGAAAUCGCCAAGAAAUGCGAGCAAGCCUUUGAGGAACACAAAAGCUUCCAAACCAAAUUUGAUGACUGCAACAAAGAGCUUGAUCAGAUAAAAACCACAUUCGAUAGCAGUAAACUUGAUUGCAAUACUAACAUAAAUGAAGUAAUGCAAAUAUUGCACGGGCUUAUCGGUAAACAAAAUGCAAUCGGUGUUCAGUGUAGCUGUGUUUCAGAUAUGGGCGAAAUGCUUUACAACACAACUGCUGUUAAAGGUCAACAAUUGAUCAGAACAGAUACGCAAGACCUUUUGUUAAAAUUGGAACGCAUUUUUGACGAAAUCAACAACUUUUUCAAAACAUGUGAAACGAGAAUAUCCAAAUUAUCUAGUUUCAAGGAUAAACUGGAACAUAUAGAGAAUUGGUUAACUACUCUAAGUCGCAAUUUGUCUCCUGGGAUGAUUUUGAAACCUACACUUGACGAGAAAAUUUCACAACACCAAGCUUACACCGACAUAGCUAAUGAGCUUAAAAACUAUAAACCGGAAGUGAACAACUUAAAUGAUCUCGCAGAUAAUCUCGAAGAACCAGAUACUCAAAUUGAGUUAACUUUAAAAAAGUUUAACGAGAACUACAGCUUGAAUUUAGAAAAAAGCCAACAUUUUGCUGCCUGCUACGAAAAAAUUGUGAACAAUCAUCGCCAAUACUGUAAAGCAGUAUUAGAGACGUCUGAUUUCAUAGACGCUAACCACAACACGAUAGAACUAUGGGGAGAGACAGAUCUGGACCAGGUAUCAUUAUUAACUAACCUAGAUCGUUUAUGUGAAAUGAAGAAAACAAUAGUAGCGGAAACGAACCGAAUAGAACACAUUCGUGACCUCGGGCAGUUAACCAUACCUGAUACUAGUGAUGAUGGACAAGCAAAUAUUAGAACGCAAAUCGAUACUUCACAGCAAGAAUGGGAAGGACUAUUGGUAGAAGUUGACUCAACCAUUGAAAAUAUUCAAUCCAAAAUUGCCGAAUGGGUUGAGUUCGAAAAAAUGCGAAUAGAGUGUAUGGAAUGGAUGCGAUCCAUUGAUUCAAACAUACAUUCAAUAGAUUUGAAAGCAACUUUGGACGAGAAAAAAGCUUGUUUGGAUUAUCUUAAGAGUCUGCAGGGUGAAGUAAAAGCCAAAGAAAUCGAAAUCGAUAAUUAUACUGAAAAAGGACAGCAGCUGUAUAGAGGAUAUUUAAGUAGCAGAAGCAACCAAAUAACAGAACUAGCUAUGAAGUAUCAACAGACUGCAAGUCGAGUGAAAGAACUCGUGACUAGAUGGCAACAAUAUGUGAUUAGUCAUCAAGAGCUGAUGUCUCAAAUAUCUGAGCAUAAGCUGUGGCUGAGCGGAAUCAAAGAAAAGAUUAACUAUUGCUCUGACCAAUCAGCUACUUCUGAAAAAGAACUUCAAAGCAAACUAAAAAUAAUUCAAGAAUUAAUAAUAAAUAAAGAGGAAGGAACUUCAAAAAUGCAGAUUAUCAUUGAUCUGUCCCAACAAGUUUUAGCCUGUACAACACCCUCAGGACACGAUGCUAUCAAUCGCUCUCUAGCAGAUUUACAAGAUGAAUGGUCGGCACUGACUUUGAAAAUGAUCGAUAUAAAAGCUCAGUUAGAUGAAGCCCUGAAUCAGUGGUCCGGUUUCUUGGAUCAAGUAAACGAUUUGAAGAAAAAGAAUGAAUUGAUGGAGAAUGAACUAAAAUCUCUUGCGGAACUGCAAUGUAACAUGGCGGAAAAGCGAGCUCAGUUGGAUAAAAUAAAAAAUGCUGAAGAAAAAGUGCGGCUUGAACGCAUAGAAAUUGAACCCUUGAAACAAAAGGCCGCUGAGAUGGGUGCUUCCGGUCAAAAAACCGAAGCUGCUGCGACUGCAAAACAAAUUCUUGGCAAAUUUGAUUAUAUUGCAGAUCAAAUAAAUAAACUGCUUAACGAUCGCGAAGAUCAAUAUCGUGAUCAUCGGUUAUACAAGGAAGCUUAUGAAGAUUUGCAGAAUUGGAUAAACCGGGCUCGAGAAAAAUUGCCAUGUAUUAAACAGCAAUCUUUGAGCGACAAAUUAACAAUAGACAGUGCAAUAGCCCCUCUAGAUUCUUUAAUGAAUAAGAAAGCUCAAGGUGAAUUGUUAGUUGAACAUUUGGUUCACACCGGUGAAGUGGUUAUGGCAUCAACUUCUCCCAAAGGGAAAGAAUUGAUUAAGAAAGAUAUCAGUGGUUUGAAAUCCAACUUCGAUAACCUAUUCCAAGAAAUAUACAAUCAAAAGCGUAAUUUCGAGAAAACUCUGGCUCUGCUACGGGAAUACAAAGAUGAAUAUGAACGACUAUCGGAAUGGUUACAACAAAUAGAUAUAAUAGUUAAAAAUCACAAGCUAGCAAUGUCAUCAAAUCUUCAAGACAAAGCUAAACAAGUCAAAGAUAUGCAGGAUAUAAUUACGAAGCUAGACAACGGACAAGCUGAUUUGGACAAGUUUAAUGCAUUUGCGGCACCUUUACUGCAAUCGCACCUCGAUUCAUAUGUCAGUAAUCAACUAAGGCACCUUAACUCGCGCUUCCAGGUGCAGGUUAAUAUAGCAAAAGAUGUACAGAAAAAGGUCCAAUCAAAUUAUGAGCUCCAUAAGGAGUAUAUGAAGAAUUUGUCGAAUGCAAAUAAUUGGAUCGACAAUGCAAAAGAAAUAGUUCGGUGCACGACUGAAAAUACUGACAGUGUUAGUAAAGAGAAUCUCGAGAAACGAUUAGCAAAAAUAGUUGAACUGAUCCAACAACGAGAACAAGGCCAAAGUCUUGUUAACAAUACUGUCAAUGUUGGAGAAAAAGUUAUGAAAACAACCAAAUCAGACGGCAAAGAAAUUAUCAACAAUGAAAUUAAAGACAUCCAGACGGCAUGGGAUCGCCUUGUGAAAAAAAUGUCUACGGCCAAAGUCCACCUGGAAACAAGUUUACUGCAGUGGGCCGAUUACAGCUCAAGCUAUAAUCACCUUCAGCAGUGGAUACAGGAUCGUGAAUCUAAGCUGCAACGAGUCUCUGAACAAAAAACGGUCAGAUUUAAAACAGGAACUCCAACUAGCCUUAGCACUGGUUUGAAUGAAAGGCGAGCGAACUUACGACAAGCUAACGAUAUCGUUCAAGACAUUGUGUCAUUUGAGCCAAUGAUUCAGUCUGUGGCCAGUAAAGCAUCCGACUUACAUCAGAGCUCUCCUGCAUCUGAGAUUUCCAAGAAAUACGAAAAUCUCAGCACACAAGCCAAAGAACUUUUUGCAAAACAAAAAGAAUCUGUCGAACUACAUCAAGCAUUUAUUGAUUCCAGCAAUGAAUUUGCUGCCUGGAUUCGCAACGCCAAAGAAUGUUUGAACAAAUGCUCUGACCCUAGAGGGGACAAAGAUUCUCUGGUGUCAAAAAUGACACAAAUUAAAAUUCUCGACAAUGAUGUACAAAAUGGACAGAAAAAGCUGGAAAAGGCAUUAGAGCAAGCUGAAAUUGCAUGUCGAAAUGUAGAAACAGAUGAAUGUGAAGCAAUUGAAAAGGAAGUAGCUGUCCUGCAAGAUGAAUUUGAUAAUUACUGCAUGGCUCUGAAAAAAAUAAGCGCAUCUCUGGAAAGUGGUAUAGUACGAUGGAAAGAGUAUGCUGAUCAGUAUGCAGUUGCAGUGAGUUGGUUAGAUAAAUUAGAGCAGGAAGUACAGACCUAUAAUAAAAUGCAGAGUACGCUAGAAGAGAAAAAGUUUGUGCUGGAAGAGUUCCAAGAAAAGCUGCAAACCUUAUUUGACUGGCAGAAGGAACUCGAUAAUUUGAACAUGAAAGCACAGAUUCUGUUGGACAUUUGUGCCGACACAAGAGUUAGCAAUGGCGUUACCCAACUCACUACAAAAUAUAAUGUAUUGCUCUCCAUAGCUAAAGAAACUAUGCGCCGAUUGGAACUACAUUAUCAAGAACAUCAGCAACAUAACACAUUAUACGGAGAAUGCCAGGAUUGGUUAGAUCGUCUUCGUGAAAAAUUGAACGAAUGCGAUACGACUCCUCAAACAGUUGUUGAGACUCAGUCGAAAUUAAAUAUUAUCAAAGGGAUUCGUCAAAGUCUAGAGCAGGGACAAAACAAACUACGCUAUUUGUUUGAAUUGAAAGAAAAAAUUCUGAUUAGCACUGAAUCGAAUGGUGCAUCUAAAAUAGCUGAAGAUACAGACAAUCUAAAAAUGGAAUAUGAAUCUUUGAUGCUUGAUAUUAAUGAAAUUCGCCAGAGAUUACUAGCACACUUAGCACAGCUUGAGGAUAUAUUCAAGCUGUCGAAAAUGCUCGCUGAAUGGAUUGAAGAGGUGCAAGGAAAGCUUGCAGCAGGGGCAUCGUUAAGUGAACUCUCAGAUAAAAGAAUGGCGCUAGAAAAAUUACGCGCAAUAUAUCGUGAAACUACGAACUAUAAUGAUAUCACUAAUAAAAUAAAAACAAAAAUGUCUGAGAACAAUAACAUUGUCUUCGAUGAUCUGAAUCUUAUCUUGGGCGAGUAUAAUACACUAGUUGCCAAGGUAGCAGCAGAAAUUGAACGAUUAGAGAAUCAAGUUAACAAUUAUGAAAAAUUCAAACAAGGUUUACAAGCAUUAUACGAUUGGAUGAAGCAUACUAGACAAAGUAUCGAAAAGCUUUCAGAUUAUCACGGUGUUCGAGAUCACAUUGUGGAGAAGCUGAGCAACAUUCAAGACAUACAAAUGUCCUUAUCAGAAGGAAAAGUAUUGCUCGAAAAUGCGAGUGAACUUGGAAACAAGCUACUUUCUAUUAUAGGCCAAGAAGGGCAAGAUUCAAUAAGACAAGAGAUUGUUCAAGCUAAAUCUGAUUGGGAUGAGAUUGAAGUACUAUUAGAUUCAGUUCACAAAACUUUCACUGAUGUAUUAGCAUCAUGGGAGAGCUUCUACGAAAAGUCGAACAAUCUGAGUUCAUUUAUUAUUGAAUACAAGACAAAAAUUGCAGCAUUAGAUGAUGCAAACAGUGUGGAGCAAGAGAAUAACCUAAAAAGUCUCAAGCACAUUUUGGAUAUUAUCUUGACCAAGAAAUCAACUGUUGAUGAAUUAAACGAUGUCUGUGAAGCGUUGAUGGAGAAAAGUGCUUGCCCUAUGGUUAGAGAUCGCACUGUUGAUCUCCAAAAGAGUUACUCAUCACUUCUUUCAAACUUACAAGGACUGAUUGCCAAACUAGAGAAAAAUGUGUCAAGCCAUACAGAAUUUACAUACUACAAAGAGGAACUAAACAAAUGGAUUGAUGAAGCGAAAAGAACAAUCAGUGAUUCACAAGAUGCACCUUCCGAUGAGAUUAAAGAUACGAAAAGGAAAAUUUCCAACCUUCAGGCUCUUUCCAACAGUGUGCCGCAAGGACAAAAACUAUUCGAAAUGUUACAGGACUCUUUCACGAAAUCAUCGUAUUUGCACUCUGAAGAACAACAAACGGGAAUGUUCCAAAGUAUUUCGGAACUACGCGAUGUACUUGAUACAUUGAUCAUUAAUAUUAGUGCAUCUUUGAAUGAUUUGAAUGCCAAGUUCAAUCGUUUGGAGUUGUAUGAUGAUCUUAAACGACGAAUAUCUGACUGGUUGAACACUACAGAAGGUGUGUUUGAAACAAUUCCAGAGACUCGUGGUGAAAUGAGCGAGGUUAAAACGAUUUUAGAACGGGUUAAACAUAUUCACACCGAAAUAACUUUCAAGCAAGCCGAUCUAGAUAGUAUACAACAUGAAGCGACGAAUUUAUUUGAUUCAAAUAGAAGCUCCAUUGAAAUGGAUUGUAUAAAUAAUUACAUGCAAAGAACCGUCAAACUAAAUGAAAAAUGCUGCUAUAUUAUUAAAAACAUGGAAACAGAGUUGGCUGAGCAAAUGGCUUAUUAUCAGAACCUACAGGAAAUCGAAAAAUGGUUACUGCAAAUAUCUUUUCAAUUGAUGGCACAUAAUUCACUUUAUAUCCACAAUCGAGAGCAAACUCUCGAACAAAUUGCGCAGCACGAAAAGCUUCUCAAUGAAAUCCAGCAUUAUCAAGUAAAUCUUGACGAUAUCAAUGUUAAAGGUCAAAGUCAAAUUGAUCGUUACAUACUCAAAGCGCCGGAAGUUAAACAUAGAAUAGAAAAUCAAAUGAAAAACAUUCGUGACAGUUAUGUUUCGUUGUUGAAUACUUCGGUGCAAAUAAAAAAUCGACUUCAUGACUCAUUGAACAAAUUUCAAGAGUACGAGGAUACAUUAGACGACAUCAUCAACAAUCUAAAUAAACUGGAACCUGACAUACAAAGGAUAAAAAAUAUUGAAAUAUCCGAUCACGACGAGGCAAAAGCAAUUCUUGUAAAAGCCCAAGACUACCACAAUAAUCUUCAAGUCGAAAAGAGCCGGUUAAUUCAUGCAAUUCAGGCAUGUGAAGCCGCAACUGCCAGUAUCAGUCGUCCUAGUUCUCCACUGGAAAUAUCUCACCAAGUAAUUCCUGAGAAAGAAUUAAUGAUUCGCGCGCGCUUGGAGGAUCUUGCUGAUGACGUGCAGUCAUGGAUUGCAGAUUUGAUAUCUAAUAUCAACGAUUAUGAACGCCAACUAAAACAAAAAAAUGAGUUGGAACAAUGGAUUGAGCGACAGAAUGCUCUAGUACAUGAAUGGAAUUCAAAACCAACAAAAUUUCGCGCUGAAGCAGCUGACCAGGAAUUGCGUCAAAUGAAUGACCUCUUAAGAAAUAUACCGAUAAAGAAAGAAGAGCUAUACGUUCAAGAUCCAACUCUGCUGAAUAAACUUGACGAGCUUUAUAACAAUUUGAAGCGAGUAAUCGAUAAGAAGAGUGACAAUCAUGUACGCAUAGGAAAAUACAGAAAAUGCUACGAAGAUACUCAGAGCUGGCUGGACACUAUAAUCAACCAAAUUGAUAAUCUUGAAAAGGGAAGCGGACUUACUUGCACGCAAAAGCUUGAGAGAGUAACUAAUAUCAAAAAGAUCUUGGACGAUAAUUCCAAUACAAUUGAAAGCUAUAAACAAAAUGCUGCUCAAAUUGCUGAAAUAGUUAGCAACUUGGAUAGUCAACAAAUAGCUGAACAAGUUAAAGCAAUCGAUCGCAGACACAGCGAUAUUCGCAAAAGAUUGAAUCGAAAACUUGAAAUGAUCGACUCCACUAGCAAAACCUUCGCUAAAAUGGCUUCUGAUAUCUCAGAAAUGCAUCAAUGGCUAAGCGAAAAUAAUGAGUUACUUAACACGCCAUAUAUACUUGGAUCAGACGUGCAAUCGGUGGAAGCUCAGCAUGAAUUAUUUAAAAACAUGCUAGAAAAAGUUGAAGCCAAACAGUCCAAUGUAGAUACUCUUGGAAAACGAUUUUCUACUAUACAAUUUGAGUUAGAACCAGAGGAAAGACAAGUACUAGAGAAAGAUAUUCAUCAUUUGAGUAAAUCAAUUAAUUCGUUCAAUGUUCGGAUUCGUAGUGAAAUUGAUAAGAUUGUAGACGAAAUUUUAUGUCGCAAAAACUUACAAAACAAUUUAGAAAUGACGCGAACCUGGAUUAAAACCAAGCAGAACGAUAUUAACAAAACUUCCGAAUUCGUUCCGUUAUUGGCAUCAAAUGUUAAGUCAGAAAUAAAUUUAUGCAAACGUCACGAGCAGACAAUAAAGGAAUUCCAAGAUAACGCCUUCAAAGAUAUCACCAGACAAGUAAAGGAAAUUAUGAAAGAAUGUAGUGAUGAAGGUCGAUCAAAAUUAUCAAAUGAUUUUGACGAAAUCAAACGUAAAUUGGCUGUAUUGGUUGAAAGCUGUGCGAGCAAAAUAGUGUUUUUGGAGCAAGAGCAUCAAAAGCGUUGUGGAUAUGAGAAAGGAAAAGAGCUGUGUUGGAACUGGUUAGCCGACGCGGAAAAAAAUGUGUCUACAGAUAUAAAUGCCAGGAGUCUACACGUACUAAACGAACAAAUCCAAAAAUUGGAUGCGUUAUGUGUACAAUGUAGUGAUAUGAAACAAUCUUUGAAUGAACUUGAAGCAUAUAAAGCAUCAAUUGUUCCCACAUUGAGCGAGCCGGAUAAAAAUAACAUCAAUGGACAAAUGAAAAUAGCAUACGAAAAGUGGAAUGUUAUAAAUAAUGCCCUUAAGGUGAAAUGUAAAAAACUAAAGUAUCACAUAAAAGAAUACGAAGAUGCGAUUGCUAAAGUAAAUAAUUGUACAGAAGUGAUAGCGCAAGUACAAUUACAAAUACGAGAAAUGAACAGACCGGUAGUUAGUAAAAUAGAAAACAUUCAAGAAUUUCUGAUGUCAUACGAAACCAUUUUGGGAAAUUUGAAAGACAUACGUCUUGAUUUGAAUACCAUUUUACUGACUAAUAUACCACAGUUAAGAGAAAAUACAUCAAAACUUGAAGAAAUGAUCAUGGCAAUCGAAGAACAACUAAGGUGCUUGAAAUCAAUGCUCACUUUAAGAGACGAAUUCAUUGGAGCCAUUAACGAGGUAGUGAAAUCAAUCACGAAAAUCAACACAGAUUUCAACGAAGUCGAUAAUUUUGCCCAAGAUAUGGAUGACCGUUUGAGAAGAUACAAUAAUAUUUUACACCAAAUACAAUUAUGCAACGGUUUGCUCUCAACUGCAACGGAUAAAGGGCGGGCCAUCGCAAAUGAAGGAACAGACCUUGACCGUCACAAUAUUAUGGAUCAACUGCAUUCUCUCCAGUUGCAGAUAGACUCUAUACGAAGAAGUGUAGAAAUUGAGCAAGAUAAAUAUAAGAAGCAACAUCUUUUCCAUCAAUCGACUACCAAAGAUUUGACGGUCUUGUUAGAUUGGUUUCAACAAAAUGGUGAUGUUAUUAAAUCUCGUCCCUUAUAUAAUGAUGACACGAAUGUGUCAGCCAAUUAUUUGACGAGUCACGACAAAUUGAGCAUGGAAGCCCGUAAACAUCUUAAUAAAAUCUCAGAGAUUUUAAAUAAAUUGAAGAUUGAAACUAAAUUACCAACGGAUCUUCAAGAGAAGGCAAGUAAGGCUCAAUCGUUUGUCGAUAACGUUCCGAACGAUUUGAUAGCACGUGAGUCAUAUUUGCAACAAAACCAUCAGCAUCGCGUUAUUUAUCGCGAAAGCCUCAACAAGCUGAUGGAAUGGCUCAAUGCUGCCGAAAAACGUUUAAAAUCCCCAAUCGAUUUUAAUUUGGAGCUGAAUGAAAUUAAUUCAGAUCUGGCAGCAAUGGAGAACUUUUUGGAAAGAGAAGCUUACUUCAGAAAUUUGCUAUUCCACGACAUUCAAGAACAGGCAGAUAAAUUUUGGAAUACGCUCAACGCAGCCGAUCAAGAGAGAUGCUUAGCAGAGCUACACACAUAUAAAACGCGUCUUUCCGAGGUGUCAAAUAAAGGAGCAAUUCAGCAGAGCAAAAUAUUGGCAAAUAAAGAUCUUGUUCGUCAAUAUCAUACUCAAAACGGUAAGGUCUUGCAGUGCAUUAAAAAAAUCAAGCUAGAUGACUCGAUAAUGACGCUGCCGACACUUUCGGGCCGAAUUGACCGCAUUAAUGGAAUACUAAAAUCAAACCAGGCGGAUUCCAACGAACUAGAUACGCUAAACGAGAUAUCUAACCAUAUCAUUGAACAAGCGAAUCAAAUUGAUAGCGCUAGAAUUCGUAAGGAUAAUACCGAAAUUAAUCGCACUUGGACUGAUGACACCGCUCUUCUGCGCAAUCUUGAAGAAAAUUUAGUGCAGCUACAGCAUCAGUGGGCUCAACUUGAGGAUAUUCUACAGGAGUUAGAAACCAAGUCGAAUAGUUUGCUGGAAAAAGACAGAAGCUUGGAUUUGUUGAUUAAAUCUAAAGAAGAUAUUCUAACUAAAAAGCACACGAUAGAGAAUUUGCUAGAGGAUAAAUCUGCCCUCGGUGCGUUAAACACGAAAGCCAAUUCAUUGGCAAAAACGUUGAUCAGUGCACUGAAGGAGCAACAAAUAUCAUCGCAUUCAUUAGAAGAAAAGUUGUAUCAUCUUAACCAGGUUGAUGCCAACCUACAAGAUAACUUGAAUGUGAAGCUCCAACAACUGAAAAAUAUUUUGCGAGAACUAGAACACUUUUCGGAGCAAAUUCAGACUCUGCGAAAAUCGGUUGAGCAACUACUAGUGGAAAUUCGGAAAAUUAAUCCGUUCGAUGAAAGGUUGUUUCAAACCGAGAAGAGUCUCAAUUCGAUCAAGUUAUCAGCAGAUGAAUAUUGCAACCAGAACGAGCAGCUUUGCAAGCAGAUUGACGACAAGUAUUUGACUUUACAACAGUUCAUCCCGACAGAUUUAGCAGAUCAACUUAAUUCUCUGGAAGCCCAACUAAAGAAUAUUUUUGCCGUAAUGGAGGAAUACAACCGUGACUUCAAAAGAGCGAAAACCGUGCGUACUGACUAUUUUGUGGCGUAUGACAGGAUUAAAACAUGGGUAGAAAAUGCAGAACUAACUGUCAGUAACCACAGCAUUGAUCCUAGUGACCUAAAAACUAAAUUGUCUGCGUUGAUUCGUGAAAGCGCAGACAUCCGACUGACAUGUGAUCAACUAGUCUUCAAUGGAAAUGAGAUUAUCAAUAAUUUGGUAACUAAUAACGAGAAGUUAGCCAUGCAAGCGAACAUGGAUCAAAUAUGUGUCGAACUGGACAAAACUAUUCAGUUAAUCGAAGAUAAGAAUGAAACUGUCGAUCAUAUUUUAGGAAACUGGGCUAAUUUUAUGCGCUUAUAUCAAUCGGUCAUUGAUUGGUCAGUAGCACUUCGUGGACUUUUAGAAAGAAAACUUCAAUUAAACUCUUUAAGUGAAGCACAACAAGCAUGUCAGAAUUAUUCAAGUGCGGUGUCUACUUUAACAGAUGUUUCGAAACAUUUGAGCGAAAUGAAUUUUGAGUUCGAUAAAAUUAACGAAGUUUGUUCAGCUGGUUUUCUGAAAAACAAACUGCACGAAGCCGAAACUGUGAAAAUUGACAUCGAAACUAUUUUAUUCGAAAGGAAUUUAUUCCUCCAAGAAACGACUGAGGAGUGGCAACAGUAUGAGCACAAACUUAAAAGUGUAAAAGAAUGGAUCAAAGAAUCGUAUGAUACGUUGAACUCUCCAGAGGAAAAGGUUAAGCCUUUACGGGAUCAGCUCCGCAUACUCGAACAAUUGCUUGCAGAUAUUUCGGCUCAGAAGAUUAAAGUCAACAUGUCGUUAGAAAAACUACAGGUUCAUUUCCAUACGGAAAUAAUAUGCACCGACAAUCCGAACAUUGUCCACAGUGGACGUGCUGUGCUCGAUGAUCUUGAUAAGCUAAAUAUGGACGUAUUCCAAACCACUCAAGAUUUGGACAAGGCUUUGGUAAAAAUUGAAGACUGCCAGCAUGAAAUGCAAACGCUACGGCAUCGUAUUGUGCAGGAAGAACAACAGCUUCGAAAUAUUUUGUCACCAUUGCACCAAUCAAGCGAUAGUGAUAAAAACGAACAGGAACCGCCGUUUGUUUGGAACCAAGUUUCUAAUGAGGAAACUCAACAACAACUAUCUCAGCACCUAAUGUAUACCACACAACAACCGGAAGUAACACAUAUUCAAAAUAUGGAAUGUUCAACACAAUCAAUACCGUCAUUUCCCACAUGUGUUACUAAUAGUGCUAGCAUAUCCAAUAGAGCAACGAAACAGGUAGCACCAGAAAUGAAACAGGUAGCGCCAGAAAGUUCCAACCGGUCAAGCAUUUGGAACACCUCCGAUCUUACAUAUGCUGAAGUUGUUGCUGGUCUACGUAAACAGCAUCAAACGCAUUAUCAACUACCAACCCGUACCACUAAACAAGUGUCAACCGAAAAUAACCAAAAUCCCGUACUGACCGUUCUGAGCCAAAAGGACAAGCGCACAGAAGAAUCGGCCCCUUGCUCAUACAACAACUCUUUGAAGUUCGAUAUUCCUGAUGACAAUUACAGAACCGGCGUGAAAUCCUUAAAAUCCAACCCCAGAGACAAACCUAAACGUGUUAAAAAAGCCUUAAAUAUUCCGAAACAAGCUGAACCACAAAAACGUGAAUCUGAACAGGAUACUUUUUCAAAAACAGUUUCUGACAAUACAAUGCGUGAUUCCGAAUAUCAGAAAAAUUUGAAAGAAACCGUGAUCGUAGGCAAUGAUUUCUCUCAAACAAGCGUUUACGAGAAUCAUUCAAAUAAAUCUUACGCGGAAGUGGUUAAGAAACUCAGUGCAGGUAAUACCCAUUCUACGCAUAAGUACGUUCAGAAGCCAACAGAUAGUGAGUUAGGUGUCGAAAAAUCCGAAAUUAGUGAGUUCACAACAUAUGGCGGGCCAACCGUUUCCACUAGGGAUUCAUUUAUUUCAAAAAGUCGUAGGCAACGCAAACCAAAAUAUCAACAUAUUUCUGAACCUAGUUUGACUUCUAAACAAAUGACAGUUUCACAAUCAAAAUCUUCUAUUGUUGUUGUUUCGAACAAUGACGAAAAGAUCUCUCGUGACGACGUAGUUAGCAAAAAGACCACUCGUGACGACAUACCUCGAAUAUCCCCUGAAACAAGAAAAACGAAUGAUCCUAGCAAUGAGCCCAGAAAACAAAAGAAGAAGAAGAAAAAGUUUGGGAAAUCUGAUCAACAAGUGGAAGUUCAUAUUGGUAAUAAGUCUAACGUUACCAUAUCGCCAGCCAGCGUAGUGUCAGAUAUAAAUAUAACAAACGCAGUUGAUUUGUCGCAACAAGAUUCUGACAAAUUACAUAAUGUAGGAGAAUAUCCAGUUGUCGAAGAAGACACACAACUUUUGCCAGAUCCAAUGGUAUCACCUGAGCAGAACGAUUGCAUAAUUCAAAAGAGUGAAAGUAAUCCAACACCGUCACUAAAUCUUGUGACAUCUUCUGACAAAGAAGAUCCCCCAAUGUUAGAUCCUGUUACCCCAAUGGAAAACCUAGAUCAACACAGUAUCACAAGCACAAGAAAUGACAAUGCGAAACAAAACGCUAAAAAGACUAAAAGAACAAAAAUUGAUAGGUUCGAAAAAAUUCGCAAGUCAAAUUCAUUAAAGAUUGUAGCUUUAUUAGAGUGUGAAAGCAAACAAUUUGAAAGAGAGUUAUCUGACUGUCAGCUAGUACCAGAAAUACAACCAUACGCACAUAACGAAUCGAUAAAUGUGAUUAAACAGCAACAAUCUACCUCAGAAACCUGUUGCGGAAGCCCAGCGGCUGAUUUAUCGAUUCCAACAAAAGAUAUUGCGAAUCCAGACGAUAUAACGACUGAACCAAAUCCAAAUAAUGGAUUUAAAAGCAAUCUUGUAUUUGAGGAGUAUGACUUCAUGUGUCCAACAGAACAGAAAACAGUUACCAUAGAAAAUAUUGACAACGCUCGAAGUAAUAGCUCCUCUUUCGAAAUAACUGAACAAGACUCACCAGCUGACAUAGACACACCUCAAAACACUAACGAUACCGAGCAUUUGAAGCCUGACAACACAUCAACAACAUCAGUUCUAAAUUCCAAUGAAUCCAGUUUAAAAUCGAAUUCCACUCCGCAGCAGUAUGUACACUCCAACGGAAGCGAUCCAAACGGUUCAAAAAUGGUGAUGAUCAAUAAACAUUGGCGUGAUCACCGUCAAAAAAUUUCGAUGAUUACUCACGAAGAGUAUCUAUUGAAACCAAUAAAUCAUAUAAAGUUAGAGCUUCCGAUGAUAACAUUUGAAACGAAUGUUAGUGAAACUGAACAGUUUCUGAUAAAUGCUCAGUUAGAUGAAGCAGAAAUGCAUACUGAAAUCGCAAAAAGCUUAGACACAAAGUAUGACGAAGAAAUGCAAUUAGCCACUGAAAUAUCAGUAGUGGAUUCUUCAACUAGCGAACCGUUUCAUACUAACUUGAUAGGAGUGGUUUCAGAUCCUGCUUCAGAUAUAGUUUCAAAUACUGACAACAAAACAUCUAAACCCGAUACGAUGAGUACCGAGAUUGUCCUUCCAAGCAAUGAUGAAAAUAAAACAACAAACCUACAACAAGAUGCAUUUAAAACUGCUACAUCUACAGUUACAUUUAAAACAACAACGAUUAUGUUCGAAAGCUCGACCGAACAGCAAAUGAUUGAUGAAUAUUAUACUAAUCCAGUUUCUAUUGAGGAAAUAAUAGAACCGCGCGCCGAGAAUGUGCAGCCAUUCCAAGCUGAAGAACCAUCAACCGAAAUUGAAACGAACGUUGAUUUUCCAAAUAUCUCAAAAGAUUCUUCUCCAUCAACCGAUAUCAAUAAAAACUCCACAUCUGUUGAUGACCAGCACAAAACAGUUACUAUAAUUCACACAAGCUCUAUUUUGCACGAUGCACUUAAAAGUGUCGAACUCCCAGAGACUAUUAAAAUCAGUACCUGUGAUAUUGGAUUCGUACAACAUGAGAAAGAGAAAACUUUUUCUCCAAUUCAAGAGUCUGAGAAACUUGUGAUCGAAAACAAGACAGUGCCAUCAAUGAUAAACCAAACCGUUACAGGUUGUGAUAUUCCAAUUCAAAAUUUCGAGGCAAAUGCUCAGAAUCCUUAUGAAACCCAUUAUGUUUCUGGAGAGAGUCAAAUGAUACAGCAUUUAAGCACUGAACUAGAGCCUUCCAACGAAGCACUUCUGGUAGAAAUACGAGAAGAAUCAAACCAACAAGAGGAGAGUAAGACUACACAAUUAAUUGAUGCUGGAAGUGAUUCCCCAGAAUCGUUGCAACUUCCAGAGACUGCUUCAUAUUCACCGCAAAUGGUGCCAGAUGAAGUCAAUGACGAGGAGACAGCUUUAAUUGCUCUCAGAGAAACAUCAUUCGAACAAGACUUACCUUCGCUGAUAACUGUCACUGAAUCUGCGCAGCCUUCGAAUAUUGAAAUUUUACCAGAGAUUGAAUCUAGUUUCGAGCAAACAUCAUCAGAACCGCAGCAAAUCUACGAGGAGGAAGUUCAAAGUUCUGUAUCACAGCCUAAUAAAGAGAUUAAAGAUUUGCAAGAUAACAUUGAAAACCAAACCAAAAACCUACAGAUACAGGAAAUGGAACUUCCAAAGGAUACAAUUACUGAUGAGGAGAACGUUUUGAUCGCUCAUAGAGAAACAUCUCUCAAACAAGAUUUGAAUCUACCAAACAUAGCGACCGAAUCAGAUCAACCUAAAAAUGAUGAAAUUCUUCCAGCGACUGAAUCUAGUUCCCUGAAAACGUUGACAGAAAAUCAGCAAAUAAACGCCAGUUUUGUAGACCUAAUGCAGACAUAUGAUAUUUCUAAGGAGACUGAUGAAAGAGAUUUAUUGCUGGAAAAUAAUGAUAUAUGUAUUACUUCAACUAAAGACUGUACUGACAAUGAAAUGCGAUACUUAUCGACUAUUGAUAUAACAAUAACUGACGAUACAUUGAUAGAAGAUUCAUCAGGGUUGAGACCUGGACCUGCCGAGGAACAUGAAAGUACCGAAGCUAAUGUUUCUGAGUCAGUAGUUUAUAAAGCAAUCAACGACUCAAUAUCAGAGUCAAACGAUAAAAUUCAGGUCAUAGGAUAUGUCGAAAUGAGUGGCAAAUUCGGCGAAACCAAGAACGAUGAAAGUAAUGAUAUCAAGGAGUCAUCUAACGUUGUGGCCAAGCCGGAAAACUAUGAAAUUCUAAACAACACUUGCUAUACUUAUUGGAAAUACCAUGAUGCAGAAAUGAUGUAUUACAGACACUUCCCAUUACCAUCUGAGAAAACAGGUGAACAAGCAUUAACAAUAACGGAGCCUGAAUCAAAGUUCCUGGAAACGUUAACUGACCAACAACAAACAAAUGAAGAAGUAGAUCAAAGAGCAGUUGAGUUGAUUCACGAAACUGCAUUGUAUAUAAAAAAUAAGAGGGACGAACUAGUUGAAAAUCAAGAAGAUACCUCAGAUUCCACAAUUGUUUCCCAAGUAACCCCGGCUAAGGUCACUGAUGAGGAAACCGUUUUAAUUGCCUUCAGAAAAGCAUCAGACGAUCAAGAUUCAAUCCCAUCGAAUAUGGUCACCGAACCUGAAUCUAGUUCCCUACUACUUCCCCCAGAUCAACAACCAAUAAACGCAAAUCAAGGCGCACAGGAGUUAGAGAAUUCAGAUAAAGUAAUUACCACAGGACAAACUUCAGAUGAAGUCUAUGAUACAGAGCCUACGUCAAGUACCCACGAAGAACCCUGUAAUACGAAAAAUUUGAUCAACUCGAUUAUAUUACGGGCAUCAGAAAAGCUUACUACUGAUGAAAUCCUACCAGAAAAUGAAUCCAAUUCUCCACAAACGGUGACAGAUGAAGUCAAUGAUGAGGAGGCUGCUUUAACUGCACUCAGAGAAACGUCAUUCGAACAAGAUUUGUUAUCGGUGAAAACAGCCGCUGAAUCUGAGCAGUCUUCAAAUGAUGAAAUUCUGCCAGAGUUUGAAUCUAGUUGGCUGGAAUCGUCGACAGAAGACUCACAAAUCAACGAUUACGCAGUCCAAGGACCUUGUAUACAAAAGGAUGUAGAAGCGGAAGAUUUGCGAGAAAGCAUUAUCGAACACCAACCGCGGGAAAUAGAAUGUCUGAAUGAAGUAAUUGCAGUCCGAGAAACCCCAGACGAAAUCACUGACGAGGAAAAGAUUUUGAUCGCACUCAGAGAAAUUUCAUUUAAACAGGAAAGUGAACAUAUAUUCCAAGGGGCGGAAAUCCUACCGAGUACUGAAUCUAGUCCCCCUCAAACGUCGACAGAAGUGGUCAUUGAUGAGGAAGUGGCUUUAACUGCUCUUAGGAAAACGUCAUUUGAAGAAGAUACAGUAUCGGUGAAUAUAGUCGCUGAAUUUGAGCAGUCUUCAAAUGGUGAAAUUCUGCCAGAGUUAAAAUCUAGUUGCCUGGAAACGUCGGCAGAAGACCGGCAAACCGAUGUUGAUGAAAUCCAAGCACCUUUCAUACAAAAGGAUGAAGAGGCGGGAGCUUUGCAAGAUAAUAUUACACGCCUAAUCGAACAUCUACCGCAGGAAAAAGAAUGUCUAAAGGAAGAAAUUGAACUGACAGAAACCCCAGAUGAAAUAACUGAUGAGGAGAAAACUUUAAUCUCACUCAGAGAAAUAUCCCUCAAACAAAUUGAAGCUCAAGAACCUUUUAUACAGAAGGAUGAGGAAGCGGAAGAUUUGAAAGAUAAAAUUACAAGCCUAAUCGAACAUCAACCGCAGGAAAUAGAAUGUCUAAAGGAAGCAAUUGAACUCACAGACACCCCAGAUGAAAUCACUGAUGAGGAGAAGACUUUAAUCUCACUCAGAGAAAUAUCUCUCAAACAAAAUGAAGAUCAAGCAGCCUUUAUACAACAGGACGAGGAAGAGAAAGAUUUGCAAGAUAGUAUUACGAAUCUAAUCAAACAUCAACCGCAGGAAAUUGGAAGUCUGAAUGAAGCAAUUGAACUCACAGAAACUUUAGAUGAAAUAAAUAAUGAGGAGAAGACUUUAAUCUCACUCAGAGAAAUAUCUCUCAAGCAAGACAGUGACCAUACAAUCCAAGGGGCGGAAAUCUUACUGGAUAAUGAAUCUAGUCUUCCGCAAACCUCUACAAAUGAGGUCAAUGAUGAGGAAACUGCUUCAACUAUUCUCAAGGAAACGUCAUUCGGAGAAGAUUCGUUAGUCGCAGAAUCUGAGCAGUCUUUACAUGAUGAAACUCUGCCAGAGUUUGAAUCUAGCUGCCUGAAAACGAUAACAGAAGACCAGCAAACGAACGAUGACGAAUACCUCCAAAGACCUGGCGUACAAAAGGAUGAAGAGGCUGAAGAUUUGCAAGCCCUAACCGAAAAUGAACGACUAGAUAUAGAAUGUCCGAAUGAAACAAUUGCACCCCAAGAAACCCCAGAUGAAAUCACUGAUGAGGAGAAGACCCUAAUCUCACUCAGAGAAAUAUCCUUCAAAGAAGACAAUACACAUAUGAUCCAAGAGGCGCAAAUCCUACCGGAUAUUGAAUCUACGUCAUCGGAAACGGGGACAGAUGAGGUCAAUGAAGGGCUGGGGGCUGCUCUCAGGGAAACGUCAUUUGAACAAGAUUCGUUAUCGGUGAUGAUAGUCGCUGAAUCUGAGCAAUCUUCAAAUGAUGAAAUUCUGCCUGAGCAUGAAUCUAGUUGUCUGGAAACGUCAACGGAUCAUCAGAAAAUCAAUGUUGAUGAAGUCCAAGCACCUUUUAUACAAAAGGAUAAAGAAGUGGAAGAUUUGCAUGAUAAUAUUACAAACCUAAUCGAACAUCAACCGUGGAAAAUACAACGUCUGGAAGCAAUUGAGCUCACUGAAACUUCAGAUGAAAUUACAGAUGAGGAGAAGACUUUAAUUUCACUCAGAGAAAUAUCCUUCAAACAAGACUCUGAAUAUACAAUCCAACGGACGGAAAUUCUACGGGAUACUGAAUCUAUCCCCCCGCAAACGUCGACAGAUGAAGUCAAUGACGAGGAAGUUGUUUUGACUGUUCUCAAGGAAACGUCAUUUGAAGAGUUUGAAUCUAGUUGCCUGGAAACGUCGACAGAAGGCCCGCAAAUGAACGAUGACGCAGUCCAAAGACCUUGUAUACAAAAGAAUGAAGAGGUCCUGACCGAAAACCAGCCACGAGAAAUAGAAUAUCUGAAGGAAACAAUUUUACCCCGAGAAACCCCAGAUGAAACCACCGAUGAAGAGAAGGCUUUAAUCGCACUCAGAGAAACAUCCUCCGAACAAGAUAAAGAAAUUGCUUCUCAACCAAGCCUAGAUGUAAUAACUGACAAGGAGAUUGCUUCAAUUAUCCGCAGAGAACCAUCAUUUGAACAAGAAUUGUUCUCAACAACGUCAGUCACUGCAUCAAAACAGCCUGAAUAUGAUGAAAUUCUGCCACCGUCUGAAGAUCAGCAUAAAAUUAUUCACGAGGUAGACCAAAGACCACUUACGCAUACUGACGAAAACCUGCCAGAAACCCAAUAUAGUUCUCCAAAAACGUUGACAGCCCAACAGGACGAUCAAAUAGAGCAAAGACUUGAUGUACAGACUCACGAAAUUACAAUGCACGACUUGAAAGAUAAUAGUGAUAAUCUAACGAACAAUCAAGCAGUACAAGAGGUAGAUAAUUCAAAUGGAACAAUUACAUCUCAACGAAUCCCGGAUGAUCCAGAACUGAUUUCAUCAACUAUAGGAACUAAAGCAGAGAAGCUUACGGAUGAUGAAAUUCUACCAGAGCGUGAAUCUAGUAUUCUGCCAACAAAACCUGUUGUACGGACUGACGAAUCAGCAUCUCCUCGCACCCCAGAGGAAGUCAAGCACGAAGAGAUUACUUUAAUUGCCCUUAGAGAGGCAAAAGGUGAACUAGAAUCUGAAUCGAUUUCCCAGCAAACAUCAACAGACCAGCAGCUUAUCAACCGGGAGAAAGUUCAAAUCCCUGUUGUACAAGAGACACGGUCAAUCGAAGGUCUAAAUGAAACAGUUACAUACCAACAAGUUCCAGAUGUCAUAAAUAAUGAGGAGAUUGCUUUUAUCACUGUCAUUGAAACACCAUUCAAACAAGAUUUGGUUCUACAAGAAAUAGGCGCUGAAUCAGAACAGUCUAAGAAUGAAGAAAUAUUGCCCGAGACUGAAUCUAAUGCCUUACAAACGUGGACGAAUGAAGUCCAACAACAAAUAACCUACAAGAUAAGUCAAACACUUAUUGUACAGACUGAAGAAACGGUUUCGGAUGUAGAAGCUAGCAAUGAAGAUCCACACAAUCCAGAAGAAAUAAUUACAUCUCAACGGAUCUUAGAUGCACUCAAUGAUGAGGAAAUUGCGUCCAGUGCCCUUAACGAACCCUUAUACGAGAUGGAUAUAAUCACAUCAAAAAUAGUCAUCGACACAAAGCAUCCUCCGGAAUUUGAAUCUAGUUCACUGCAAUCAUCGACACAUGAAAUCAAAGACGAGUCUGUAAUCGCUCUCAAAGACACAUUAUUCGAUCCAGAUUUGAUCUCAUCUACGAUAGACAAUAAAUCAGAGACACCUACAAAUGUCGAAAUGAUACCAGAAUUUGAAUCUAAUGUCCCGACAACGUCAGCAAACCCGCAGCAAGUAAUUGAUGUACAGAUCGACGAAACAGUUUCGGAUUUGAAUUAUAUCAGUCAAAGUCUUGCGAACAACGAAAAAUCACAGAAGCCACAAAUUUUAACUGAAGCACAAGUUGAAAUUAAUGACGAGGAGACUGCUUUAAUUGACCACAGAGAAACUUCAUUCCAAAAAGAUCGGCUCUCGGCAAUGAUAAGUGAACCUGAGCAGAGUUCAAAUUAUGAUAUUCUGCCAGAGUGUGAAUCGAGUACGCUGCAAACGUCGGUAGAUCAACAGCAAAUCCAUUAUGUGGUAGUCCAAGAUCCUGUUGUACAGAUUGAUGAAAAUGCUGUGGAAGAUAACAUUGAUAAACUAACAGAAUGUCUGGACAAUUCAGAGAGAACAAUUCAAUUUGAACGAAUUACAGAUACAAUCAAUGAUGAGAAAACUGCUUCGAGUGCCUUGAAUGAAUCCAUGAACGAGAAAGAUAUAGCCACUUUAGAAAUAGUCAUCCACGAGAUACAUCCCAAGGAUGAAAUUCUCCCAGAGGCUGAAACUUGUUCCCUGCAAAGGUUGACAGAAGAAUUCAAUGACGCGGAGACUGUUUCCAUUUCACACAAGGACGCAUCAUCUGAUCCAGAUUUAAUCCCAUUAACGAUAGAUGCGGAAUCAGUGAAACCUAAAGAUGAAGAAACCAUAACAGAGCUUGAACCUAUCCGCCUGCAAAUGUCAACAGACCAACAGCCAAUAAUCGACGAGGUAGACCACAGACAUAUUGUACAGACGGACGAAACAGCAGAUUCGAGCAAUAUAAGUGAAAAUCUAAUGGAAAACCAAGAAAUAGGGAAAUCACAAUAUUCAGAUGGAAUCCAAGAUGAAGUCAAUGACGAGGAGACUGUUUUAAUGGCUCUCAGAGAAACCACAUUCCAAAUUGAUUUGAAAUCAGUGGUCAUAGGUUUUGAAUCUGAGCAGAGUACAAAUAAUGAAGUCCUAUCGGAAUCGGAAUCAUGUCCCCUCCAAACGUCAACAGACCACGAAGAGGAAGCCAGACAAACUGAUGAAAAUUCAAAAGAUAACAUUAGAAACCUAACCGAAAACCCAGAGAGUGUUUUCAUCGAACCCAAUGAAACAUCAAAACAAGAUUUGAACUCAAUAAAGAUCAACACUGAAUCAGAACAGUAUAACAAUGAUAAAAUUCUGCAACCGACUGAAUUCAGUUCCAGGCAAACGUCAGAAAAUGAGCGAAUAAUUGACGAGAUAGAAAAAACACUUGUACAGACUAAUGAAAUACGGUCGGAAUUGAGAGAUAACAUAGAAUCUAAAUCUCAACAAACCCCUGAUAAAAUAACUGAUGAGGAGACUGCACUAAAUGCUCUUACAGAAAUAUCACUUGGACCAAAUUUGAACCCAUCGGAAAUCGUAAUUGACGCAAAGCAGCCAACAAAUGAUGAGAUCAAUAUAAAAUUAGAAACUACUACCCAACAAACGUCAACAGACCAGAAGAAGAUCAAGGAUGUCGAAAUUCAAAGUCCAGUUGGGCAAGCUGAUAAAAUAGCUGCUGAUUUGAAAGAUAUCAGUAAAAUUUUAAUGGAAAACCGAGAGGCUCUGGUAAUAGAAUAUAUGGAUGAAAAAAUUUCAAACCUUCAAAUCCCAGACGAAGUUAAUGAUGAAGAAAUCGUUAUAUCAGAUAUUGUUAUUGAGUCACAUGAUGAAUUCCUACCAGAACAUGAAUCUGCUUUACAGACUGACGAAGCCGUAGUAUCUAUUUCAUUUGAACGAUUCUCUGAUGAAGUAAAAACCGAAGAGGAACUUUUAAUUGCCCUCAGAGAAGCAUCGUACGAGCAAGAUUUGAUUCCAUCGAACAUAGUCAUCGAAGAGCAGCCAACGGUUGAUAAAAUUCUGCCAGAAACUGAAUAUGGUACCCAGCCGAUGUCAACAGAACAGCAGCAAAUCAAGAAUGCCGAGAUUCAAAGCUCAGUAGUACAGACUGAUAAAACAGCUGUGGUUUCGACUGAAAGCAGUGAACAUUCAGUGGACAACCGAGAGGCACGGGAAGUAGAAUGCAUGGAUGAAUCAAAUUCAAACCGUCGAAUCAAUGAUGAGGAAACUUCAUUCAUCACUCACAGGGAACCAUUAUUCGAACGAGAUUUGAUCGUAUCAAAGAUAAUCAUUGUAGCAGAGCAACCUAAGAGUGAUGAAGUUGUGUCUGAGUCCGAAUCCAGUUGUAUAAAACAAUCAGUUGACCAAAAGCAAAUGAAUGAUGAGGAAGCUCAGAGACCUGUUGAAAUCACUGAUGCAACAGCUGCAGAUUUGAGAGAUAACUUAAUGGAAACCCAAGAGGAAGCUGCUUUGAUCGCUCUCCGAGAAACAUCCCUCGAACAAGAUUUAAUCAUUUCAAAGGUAGCCACUGAAUCAGAGCCUACAAAUGAUGAAUUACCGCCAGAAGAUGAAUCUAGUCGCCAGCUAAUAAAUAAUGAAGUAGACCCCAUACCUAUUUUACAGACUGACGAGACUGUUUCAGACAAGAAAGACAAGAGAGAACAUUUAAUGGAUAAUCAAGAGACACAAGCUGUAGGGUAUCUAGUUGAAUCAAUUGCAUUUGAACAAUACCCCGAUGAAAUAAACGAUGAGGAGAAAGUUUUAAUUGCCCUCCGUGAAGCAUCGUACGAGCAAGAUUUGAUUCAAUCAAAAAUAGCCAUCGAAUCAGAGCAACCAACGAUUGACAACAUUCUACCAGAGACUGAACAUGGAACCCAGCAAACGGUGACAAACCUGCAACAAAUCCAGGAUGUCGAAAUUCAAAGUCCUGUUGUACAGACUGAUGAAACAGUUGCAGAUUUGAAUGACAAUAACGAAAACUUGAUGGAAAAUCGACAGAUACGGGUAAUAGAUGGAAUGAAUGAAAAAAUUGCAAACCUUCAACUCCCAGAUGAAGUCAAUGAUGAGGAAACUGCUUUGAUUGCUCUUAGAGAAACAUCAUUCGAACAAGAUUUGAUCGUAUCAAAGAUAGUCACUGAGUCAGAGCAACCUACAAAUGAUGGAAUUCUGCCAGAGCCUGAAUCAAGUUACAUACAAACACCUGUUGUACAGACUGAUGUAACAGUUGCAGAUUGGAGUGAUGACAGUGGAAAAUUAAUGAAAACCAAAGAGGAAACUGCUUUGAUCGGACUCAGAGAAACAACCCUCGUACCAGAUUUGAUCAAUCCAAUGAUAGUCAAUGAAUCAGAGCACCCUGCAAAUGAUGAAUUCCUGUCAGAGGAUUCUAGUUGCCAGCAAACUUUACCAGUCCAACAACAAAUAAGUAAUGAAGUAGACCACAGACACAUUUUACAGACUGACAAGACCGUUUUAAACAUACAAUAUAACAGAGAAUAUUCAAUGGAUAACCAAGAAGCGCGAGCCGUAGUAGGUCUAGAAGAAACAAUUUCAUUUGAUCGAUCCCCUGAUAAAGUAAUAGACGAGGAGACAGUUUUAAUAGCCCUCAGAGAAGCAUCGUACGAGCAAGAUUUGUUUCCAUCAAAUAUAGUCAUCGAAUCAGAGCUGCCAACAGAUAACAUUCUGUCAGAGACUGAAUCUAGUACCCAGCAACCGUCAACAGACCAGCAGCAAAUCAAGAACGCCGAAAUGAUAAGACCAGGUGUACAGACUGAUGAAACAUCUGUAGAUUUGCAAGAUGACGCCGAAAAAUUAAUAGAAAACCUAGAGACACAAGUAGUAGAAUGUAUGGGUGAAACAACGGCAUACAGUCAAAUCGCAGAUGAAAUUGAAGAAGAAGAACCUGCUCUGAUUGCUCUCCGAGAAACAUCCUUCGAGCAAGAUUUGAUUAUGUCGAAGUUAAUCGAAUCAGAGCAUCCUACAAAUGAUGAACUUCUGGCUGACACUGAAUGCAGUACUCCACAAGCAUUUGUUGACCAUCAGCGAAUAAUCAAUACGGUAGACCAAAUUCCUGUUGAACUGACUGUUGAUUUGAAAAAUAAUAAUGAAAUUCGAAAGGAAAACCAAGAAGCGCAAGAGUCAGAAAUUUCAGAUGAAAUAAUUGCAUCUCUACCAGUUGAGGUGACUGAUGAGGAGACUGCCAUAGUUAUCCUCAGAGUAACAUCAUUCGAACCUGAUUUGAUAAUCGCUGAACCAGCUCAGUCUAUUAGUGAUGAAAUCUCGACAGAGUCAAACUUGUCAACAUACAAGCAACAAAUCAACGAUGAUAAUAUUCAAAUACAUGUUGCACAAAUUAAUGAAGAUAAUAGUGAGAAUCUGAUGGGUAACCAAGAAUCGCGGGAGAUAAUGUAUCUUGAUAAAACUAUUACAUCCCCAGAUGAAAGCAAUGACGAAGAAACUACUUUGAUUGCUCUCAGAGCAGCAUCAUUCGAACAAGACUUGAUCCCAGAUGAAAGCAGUAGCGAAGAGACUAUUUUAAAUGUUCUCAAAGCAACACCGACUGUGAUUGAUUUAGACAAUGCAUCAAAUUAUGAAUCUAUUAGUCUACAAGCGACAACAUACCAGCAGCUGAUCACCGAUGAAUUAGACCAAAUACCUGUUGCACCUGUUGACGAAACACCGUCGAAUUUGCAUAAUAUCAGUGAAAAUCGAAUAGAAAACCCAGAAGUAUUAGAGACACAAAGUUCAGAUGGAACAAUUUCAUCACAACAAACACCAAAUGUAAUUAAAGACAUGGACAACACUUUUAUUGAUCAGAAAGAUGCAUCAUUGCAACAAGACUCGAUCCCAUCAACGGUAGUUACUGCAUCGUUGGAGUCUUCGAAUGAUGACUACGAAACCAUUCCGAUAACUGAAUCAUUGGAUUCUUGUAGCACUCGCGAAAUGUUUGGUACGAUGAAAUAUGAGCAAGAAAAUAAUAUUUCUACUAAUUAUUGGCAAUACCGUGAUGCUGAAAAGAUGUAUUACCAUCACUUUGGAUCUUCUUCUGAGAAUACGGGGCAAUCAACCAUUUGUGAUCUUCCAUUGCCAAUCAAUCAAAAUGAUACUGAUUUCACCUAUGAGUAUUAUGAAAAUGAACAAGAUAUGGUCGCAAUUGAAGAGCUUGAAAUACCGCUUAGCGACUAUUAUGAUUACUGGACAUAUCACGAUUUUGAAAAGAAGAAUUUCCAGUACGUUUCGGUCCCCACGCACAAAACUGUUGAUACACAAAUGGCAGAACAAGAAGAUUCUGCUAAUAUCGAUGUUUGUCAGAAAGUCGAAGGAAUUAACCAAACAGCUAUUGGAGUUACGAGUGACAGUACACCUCAUCAAAGUACUCUCACAAUAGACGUUGAAAAAAGUUAUCUCAACUUAAAUCUAGAUGAAGAAUUGACUGGUUCUCAGAUCACUUCAGAAAAGGAAAAGAUUAGAACGGAUUCAACUGAACUGGGAUUGUCAAAUGAAAUAACACAGGUUGAUCAGAAUCGUAGGUGUACAGGAAUACAAGGAAUUCAAAAACCUGCAACUUUAUCGGAUUCUGAUAAAUCAGAAGUUGAUGUUGAAGAAGAUCACAGAAAAAACGUACACUUGUGUAAUUUGGUAGAAGAUAGAUAUUGGUUUGAUAAACCGGUUUACGACAGUGCUGAAAAACAAUAUCAUAUGUUGAACACUCAAGUACGUGAUAGUUCUCCAGCAGUAUCUCUGAUAGAAGGUGUAGAUAUGGAUUUGCAGCAUCUAAGUGAAAAUAUUUCCGUAUACAAAGCCGACAGUCAGUCUGAAACAUUUACCGACAAAAUAUUGCCAGAUUCACAGCUAUGCUCAGCAAAUACUAACCAGCUAACGGAAUGCUCAAACAACUCCUUGCCACUAAUUUCCUCCUAUCCUGAAUGCACAAAUCCUUUAUCCGAUACCAGAAUUUCCGAAGACCCAAAUCCGAUAGGUUCAACAAGCAACGUAGUACCAAGUAAUUCCAAUGAUAAUGUAGCUGGUUGCACAAUGAGUAAACAGACACUUACUGAUAGCGUGGAAAAUAUUUUGGAAUCGCUGUUGUCCGCUGAAAUAAAGAUGAACAACUUGCCGUAUGAUAACAUUAAUGAUUUAAUUAAAGGACUACAGAUUCUAAUUGAAAACUUGGCUGAUUAUAAGCAGCAAAACCAAGCUAUCACGGUGUCACUUCCUCAGAAUGCAGACAGCCGGGUGAAAGAAUCCAUACAACUAAUCGAUCAACGCAUUGAUUUCCUACGUCAAAGAGCACACGAAGGAUUGGAAAAAAUACAGAAUUCAUUGAAAAUAAGAGAACAGCGGAAGGCUGAAGUGCGUUCGUAUUAUCAACUGUUGGAGGAAAUCGAAAACUGGUUGUCCUCGGAAUCUAUUCAACUUUCUGAUAUAGACGAAAGGUAUUCAGAACAUGACUUAAAACCAAUGCUAGAACAAAAUCAAAUAAAGCUCAAAAAUCUUCGGGAAAAAGAGAUUCAGUCCCUCAAUAUGUAUUUGAAAACUGAAGAAUACAUAAAAUAUGCAGACGUACAUGAUAAAACAUCCGUAUUACGAGAAAAUCUAGGAAUUUUAAACAGAACAAUCCGAGAGAAGGCUCUGAUAUUAGAAGACAACAUACAACGCAUAAAAGCCAUUUUAGAACCAUCAGACAAUCUAAAAGUGGAUAAUGAAGUACAAACCAGUCCUCCCUCUUCUAUGGAUGCCAUGAGGACAGCUCCCACUACAGCCAGCCUUCAGAAUACAUCAUCGCAGACUCAAAGUGAUCGACUAACGGAUAACAUUCUUAUUAUACAAUCUGUAUCUGAUGGCAGAGAAACGGUGCAAAUUUCAAACGUAUCCGGAUCGGCCUUUAUAGGAUCUGCGAGUGAUGUAAUUGUUGAAGCAAAAUACACACAGCACAUACCCGGAGAAAGUACUAAGUCGUCUGAAUUGCUUCUGAAAAACAUACCUUCAGAAUUUGAAACAACUUUCGUGGAGCCAGAUGAGAGCACAACUGAAAUUAUCGUUGAAAAAGAUGGGUCAAAGAAAAUAAUUCUUAAAAAAGUAGUUUUACCGGUAGAGUCGAUAGACUCUUGUGAAUCGACGAAAGCUACCAUUACUACUUCAGUUGGACCAGAAAUGCAUUUAGUCGAAGUUGAAGGCAAGGUAGAGGAACUGUAUAGCGAACCAGUCGUCUCCAGCGAUGUCAAUGAUGCUCAAAAUGUAGUUGAGCAAAUUUUAGGCGAUAUUCAGCAAAAGGUCGUUGCCAUAUCGGAGGUAGAACUAGCUGAAAUCCCGGAAAAACCAACAGAAAAAUCUCAGGUAUUAGAAUCCGUUGCACUAAAAGUAGAUUUGCUCGCUUCUGUUGUUGAAUCACCAACUAGUACUGUAUUUAGUAUGCAAGAUACAUCUGACUCGAGCGAAAAACUUACCGAAACGCAUUGUUCCUAUAAACCAGAAAGUACUGACAAGGCUGUAACGAGUGUGAGUGAAAUAUGGCCACCUUCCAACUUAUUAGUUACAUCCGAAAACGCACCUUCACGGAUAUCUGAGAAAUCACCAUAUGUGCCUACCGAUGUGGUCGAAAUAACAACACAAGAAGGUUUACCAGAAGCAGAUGACGUUUGGCCUUAUAAUUUAGAUAUCGGAUCAAGUAGUGUUAAGUUAGAAAAACUACCAACCGAUUUAGCGAUGUUAACACCAAGUGAUAAAAAAGAAACGAGACUUCAGUCGUAUGUCGAAGAAGCGGAUUUGAUGGUAGAUACCGUAAACAUUGAAACAUCCGAAUAUAUAACUACAAGUGAUAAUCAAGUGCUAUUUAAAACUACGGAGGAAGGAGAUAGUGAAGAAAUAAAAACUGAAACGAUAUUUGGCGAAUCGGUUUGUGACACGCCUGCGAAAGAAAAAGUUGAACCGUCAAGUGAUGAAAUGGUAACCCAAAUUCCUGUAACAGAGUUGCAAGAGGUACAGUUAGCUGAAAAACCUAGUGAGAACAUUGAGAUUACUGGUACUGAAGAAGUGAGCUGCUUCGUUGCAGAACAUGAUCCAACACUAGAAUCAGACUCGAUAACAAAUUCAGGAAAGGACUAUCAGAUGACAGGACUAAGUGAAGUUGAACCGUCAAGUGAUAAAAUGAUAACCCAAUUCCCUGUAACAGAGUUGCAAGAAGUGCAGUUAGAUGAAAAACCUACUGAAAACAUUGAGAUUACUGGUACUGAAGAAGUGAGCUGCGCCGUUACAGAACAUGAUCUAGAAAAGGGCACUCAGCUAGUAGUACUAAGUGAAGCAGUGGAUGAAAAUAUUGCAGAUGAGCGAAAACUUGAAGUUCAAGUUUCAUCUUCCAAAGAAUCUCAAGGAGUGCUGAAACUUAGCAUGAACAUAAAUUCUUCCGAUGCUAAUAAAAUUAAUGUGAGCCUCAUAGAAAUAGCAUCAAACGAUACAAAAACCGAACCUCCAAAAAGCGAAGCGAUAACAGAAACUCAACUACAGGUUGAAAAAAUAGAGGGACUAAGUGAAAUAGAUGUUGACCAGGGGUAUGAGGCUGACAAAGCAACUACCCUAGAAGGUGAACCAGAAAUAGAUGAUUCCCAGAAGAAAAAGAAGCGAAGGAAGAAGAAACACAAACCAGAUACCAAUAAACCAGAAAAUCUUGACAUUGAAAAUUUAAUGUCAAAACAGUUAAACGUUGAUCUUGGAGAAGGUCUUGCAACAUUUGAUAAAGAAUCAGAACCAAAAUCGGCACCUAUACAUUAUGAAGAAAAAGAUUAUGAAGAAUUACAGCGGAGCGUUUUCAACUCAGAAGAAGUACUGCCUAUCAUCCAGGAGAAGAUAGUCUUACCAAUGGAAAUAGUAGAAACCAUUUAUGUUGAGGAUGUACAUCAACAAACAACUCCUGUACAUGUUGCGGCAUUGGAAGAUGACAUAGACCAAGAAAUUGCUCAGAUAACGUCUGACAAAUUAUUAGUCUCGAUUGAUGUGGAUCAAAAAUCUAUGCAAACAUCACCCGAGCCGGAUGUAGUGAAAACCUCUCAUCAAACUUCUCCUAUUAUGCUACCUAGUUUAGAAAUUGAUACGAAAGAAGUCCAAACAUUUGUCAACGUGUUGGAAAUUGACACACAAACCGUGGAUUCGAAACCUGCUGACCAGAAGGAACAUGAAGUCCAAACUGAGCUUUUUGAUGAUGUGGAAGAAGAAAACAUCUUACCCACUGUAAAAUAUGAUUGUACUGACUCAGCGAAUCAAACUGACGUUAGAGGUACGGCGGAAGCAGAAAUACAAACAGCGGAGAACGUUGAAGAGAUAAUCGACCCAAUAAUUACCAACAUUGUCCAUGUAGCAAUAAGCGAAGAUGUUUCGUCCAAACGACAAUCCACUCAAACAAGCCCAGUUGAUUUUAGAGAACCACAAAUUCACCAGGAGUCAGAUAAUGUAAUCAUAACACACCAUGAGGGCAUGCAAACCGUUGAAACGGAAGUUCUAGAUGCGUAUAUUGGAACAGAAAGCGAUGUCAAGGACGGAACGACAUCACCUGCGCCAUAUACCCGGGCGGAAGUGGAAAUCCAAACCAGCAGAGAAAAAGAUGCUACAAGCAAUGAUGAAAUUGUCAUGAACCUUGCACCAGAAGUUCAUAGCAUAGACACCCAAACCAAGCAACUGGAUACCAGCGAUAAUCAGGUUCAAACGACCCCGGUGAAGAGCAGUGGUGGUAGCGAAACUACGACGAUCGGUACUCAAGCCAGCAGUAUUGAUGAUCAACCAAGCGAUGGUGUCAAGAAGAGCCGAAAACGAAAGUCCAAGAAAGAACAAACUUUGCCCAUUGAAGUGGAAAUAAGCACGCAAAUAGUUUUGCCAGGUACUCACUUUGAACCCAUUGAAAAAUCAACAACCAAAACAUUACUAGCGGAAACCAACCUUGACCCCAACAAUGAACUCGAUCUGCGCAUUCAGAUGGAAAUCGAAGCACCGAACAAGGAUAAUUCCUACUGCAACAUGAACGAUAUGAUUCCCGAAGAUAAAAUGUGGACAAUUAGUUUGUCGGACUACUUUUCCAUUGUAAAAUCGCAGAAAAGUUUUGCUGAUAAUAAUUUAGUGCCAUGGAGGGAAACUGCGAAAAUUAUUCAUUACAAACAUACAAUACCAAAGACUGAAUCAUCACAGUAUUCCAAAAUAACAACUACCAUGACUAGUGUAGAAGAUUGUGCAGAAGAUUUUCUAGAACUUGAUGAUACAUUGAAUAAUUUACAGUUCAGUUCAAAUGACAGUGAACAUCACAAAGUUCUAUUUGGGAUCCUGGAAGCUAUCAAUCUACAAAUGGAAGAAAUACACGAUCAUUUGAGCACACAAGUUGAUCUAUGUGACCCUAAUCGUAUGAAGCUAUACCAAGUGUAUAACAUGAAGUUGAAUUACCUACUUAAAUAUAUGGAUCGUAUAAUGCAAUAUCUCCACGACAGUGACAUGAAAAACGCUUCAGACAUAUUAGAUUGCUUCACCAACACAAUGCAAAAUAUUGAAAAUAUGCAACAAAAUAUUGUUGAACUGGAAGAUGCUGGGCAAGAACAUAUUCAGCGACAAAAUGGACUUUUAGAUUUGUUCUAUUCCAUCCAAGUGGAGUUGAACAUGUUAGAGGAACGACUUAUUAACGUUGGUCCAAACGAGACGCUCUCAAUAAUGGAAAAAUUGAUAACUCUAGAGGAUAUUGAAAAUCAAAACAAGCAGUGCCUAAUAAAAUUGGAUAAUGUGUUUAACGAAUUUCGCAGAUGCAAUACAAAUCCAGUUGAUAAUCAAAUGCUAGCUAACUUGGAAAGUCUUGGGCAAACAUCACACAGAUUGGAGAAUAAUAUCGUUUUAGAACGAAAUAAGCUACACCAGUUAAACAGUUUGGCUGAAGAGUACGAACAAACAUUACUGGAUUUCAAUGAAAUUUCUGCAGCGGCAGAGAAAUUUAUCGACAAUGAAAUUGUAACAAACAGUUUGGAAGAGCUCCAGGAAGAGAUGCAGCGAUAUCGAAAGUUUUUCGUCAAUCUGAACCACUGUAAAAUGAUUCUAGAAUCACUAGAGUCAAACUUGGAUCCUAUCACACGUACGAAGCAUGCACAGUUGCAUUCCACGCUUUAUCGCAAGACUAGUUCCAUUCUCGAACGAGCAGUAGAUAGGGCGGCUAAACUGGCACAAGCGGCAUCCAAAUGGACCAUAUAUGAAAAGGAUAUGCGUGAAGAAAGUCAAUGGUUACAAGUAGCACAGCAACGGGUCCCAGAUUUACAAAAUGUGUCUUCCGAAGAUUUCGAACAGUAUAUUGCAUUGUACGAAUCAUUGAACCAUGAUAUUCUUCAUCAUCAUAUUAAAAUGAAGCAACACUGCGAAAUCGCAAGAAAAAUGCAGGAAUUAAUCACUGCUCCAAUCUUGGUCAAAGAUAGUAACGAGGCACUGAUGAUCAUAGUACGCUUGAGAGAAGAAGUGUCACUGUACCUCAAUAUGCUGAUCAAAUUCAAGACUCACUGGCGGCAAUACAAUACCUGUGCAGGCAAACUUGGAGAUUGGAUUCGUUCAUGUCAGAGGAUACUGAAUGAGAUAAGCAUUCCUGCAAACCUGAUGGAUACUCCCGUAGAAGAUAUGCGAAGGUUUUGGGAAAUUAAGGCUCAGUAUGAAGUAUUGAACAAUAAGGUAUACGGGAGCACGUGUGAUUCGUUUGAUCAUGCACUUUCCACCAUUCACAUUGGAGAUGAACAAUUGCAGCGACAACUGAACGAUCAAUUAAUGGAGGAUUGGAUGGGUGUUUCACGUGGCAUUUCCAUUAUACAACAACAUAUUUUCGAAUCAAUGAAGACUGACGCAACACCACCUAAAGACAAAAUUGCUUUCAUAGAACAUGAACUGCAAGAUAUUGCGAGUGUGUUUAAUAACACAAAAGGCGUACUCAAAAAUCAGGACGAUAUCUAUGCAUAUAUCGAAAAAAUGCAAAUGCUACGGACACGUAUUCAUUUGAUCGACACCGAACUAGGACAAAUCGCGCUGACACUGGAAUGUAGUAUAGACAAGAUAGGUGAACUAUUUGAAACUUCAAGACAUCUUUCGCUACAAGUAAAUGAAGAACACGAGGCUGCCGAGGUAUUCUAUAAACAUUUAGAAGACAUCGAGACUGGUAUCAAAGAACAGGAGAAACGUUUUCUUGAAAUGUCCAACAUUUUAGAUGAGUUCUCCACGCAUAUCAACGGAAAACGACAAGAUGUUGAAAAAUCACUUGAGCAUUGUAGAUCUUGUCAAGUAAAUCUAAGUAACUCUUGGAAUGAGAUUAUGAAGCUCAGACAAAUGCUUCAUACAUUGCCAAUGAAUUUGAAAGUGUCAGUAUCACCCGUACAAACUGAACGAGACUUAUCUGUACUCCAGAACAUUCACGACGAUCUGGAACAGAAAUGUCAAAACUACAUUUCCCAGUUGCAGAACAGAUUGACAUUAUGGAACAAGUUCUACCGUCAACUAGAAAUGAUCCAGGAUCACGUACACGAAACGGAGUUUAUGAUGGAAUUACUGAAGGUGCAAGAAAGUGCAGAUUAUAACCGUCUGUUGAAAGCCACUGAACGACUAGACGCUCUUUUAAGCGAAAUUGAAAGUAAGAAAAACGCAAUAGAAGAUCUACAGUCAAUAGCGAAUCCUUUGAUCGAAUCUACUCAAACAAAUGUGUCACUAGAAAUACAGGAAACAGUUCAAAAAAUUACCAUAGUCUGGGAAAACACGCGAGAAAGUUUGAGAGAUUUAUGUCAACGAUACGAAAAUGCUGUAAAAUUAUGGCAACAAUAUCACGACGUUUCGGAAACCGUGAAAAAUUGGGUCAAUGAAGAAUUUACUGAUUUUGAUUCUUUGAAACACAUCAAUAAUUUGCCUCAGCUGGAAAUUUAUCAGACGUCAAUUAAAGAUAAACAGAAUGAUUUGGAAAAACUGAGGCAUUUGAUAAACAACAUAAAUGCCCAAGUCGGUUUCAACAUAGGAAAUUCACUGUUGGCUGAAAUCGAAGAAUUUCAUAAAAAGUUGGAGAACAUUGCAGAUAAUCUUUCUGAUCAGAAGAAUAUUGUUGAUAAAAACAAUUCUCGAAUGGAAGAAAAUCGCGUACUACUUACUGAUGCGCACAAACUAAUUGAUCAUCUGCAGCAGGAUAUGCAACUUCCAAAAAUAGAUUCAAACUUGAAGGAACAAAUCAUAAGCCUUAGAGCAUAUAUGAUGAACUUGAGUUCCACCGGAACGCGUUUGAAGGAUAUUGCAAAUGAAAAGCAAACUCAUGAAAACCAAAACGAUUUGAGUGAUAGUUUCAAGAAUUUACACACAUUGUCACAAUCUCUUCUACAAGACACAUUCCAACAGUACCAAGACAGGCUACAACUACUAAUACUUGAAGGGGACGAUGAGAAGAUAUUGCAGUUCUGGCAAGAUUAUAUGAGUUAUGUUCAGACAUUCCUUGAACAAGACAUUCCAAGUCUUCACACGAAGCUACAACAAUUCCGCGAUCAGUGUUCCCUGAUAGGAUAUUUAUUGAGACAUUUGCGAACAACUUUCAUAAGCAAAUCGAAGAUAGAUAUCAAGUUUGCAGACACUUUGCACGCCUUAGGUACACGACACAAUGUAUAUAUCGAUGCUAUCGAUGAAAAACUAGUUGAAGUAGAUAAUAGACUAAUGCACUGGGCAAACUACAAAAAUCUCAAAUCAACUUUAAAGGAAUCUAUCAAUGAAAUAGAAAGGGAAAAAUACACUCUACAGUUGGAAUAUAUCAACAUAAAAGAACUUCCACAGUUGAUAGUAAAAGUCAACAAGCUUUUGAGUCGAUUCCCGCUACUAGAAAGUUAUCUAAGCAACAUGUACCAAGAAAUGGGAGUUAUAAUACUGUUCACGAACGAUGAACAAUCAAUCAUUAAUUUGAAAAACGAACAUGGAAAACAUGCGCAUCAGAUUAUGAAACUUAAGGAGAACGUAGACACGUGGUACAAAUUCCUCGACGGUGUCGCAGGAUUAUACGACCGCUUUGAUUCGCAUUGCAAUCAAAUUCAACAGAGCUUAAAUGACCUUAGCGAAAGUCUAGAUGCGUUCAGAACUGAAAGUAUCGGAACUUCACAACAUCAUUUGAAUACCUUGAAAAAUGAACAGUUACGUCUGACAAGUAUAAAAAAUGAGCUAUUGGACGUAAAUAUUGCGAAAAACGAACUGAAACCUUGUAUUAGCAUAUUUGACGCUAAGCUUGUUCACAAACGUGUUUGGGUUCUUUGGCAGCUUUUCGAAAAAGUGGAUCAUUCAAUAUCGGCAUCAUUGAAACAGAUGCAAGAAAGGUUGCAAAAUCAGAAAAUUUUUGCAAACCAGUAUAACGUGACAAUCGAAUGGAUGACUGAGUUUAAAAAGCGAAUGAACGAUACCAACAAAUACGAAAUCUGCGAAGGUGAUGCUGCAUUCAUUGAAUCAGUAGAGGAAAUGUUGCUACAAGAACUUACUUUGAAAGAAUGUGAGGUGGAUUGGCUCAACGUUAUUGGAAAAGAUCUAACCGACAAUCUGCAAGAAGGCGAAGAGCUAUCUGAAAUUGUAUUUAAGCUGGAUCAUUUAAAUAAUGUUUGGAAUGCUCUAGUAAGGCGUUGUCAAAAUCGAACACAAAAAAUUAAUGAGGUAAACGUUACAACCAUGUCGUUGCAACAAAGAAUAGAUGAAAUCAAAACCUGGAUGACAUCGGUUGAACAGAAAUUAAAAAAACCAUUUUUGUUCGAAGGCACCGAAAAAAUCCAUUUGGAUGCACUGUUGGAUGAUUAUGACAGCUUACAACGAUCGAUUGAGAGUAAUAGCGGUCACGUGGGAGAAGUCCUCAACCUGUGUGAAAUGUUAUUCACUGACGUUGAAUCGUGGAACGUCCAUAUUGAUCGAAGACAUAUACAUCACGAUAUCAAUAGUUUGGAGCUAAGGUGGAAAAAUAUCUGCCUAGUGUCCAGUAAAAGAAAACAGGACAUAUUGUCAAUUUGGAAUAUGUUACUCGAAAUUCAAAAAAUAGUAGAUUCUCAUCAUAACUGGACAGAGACCAAUGACGAAUACUUGACCGAGCUGGAAGCGCAAUCGGAAAAUAUUGAUGAGCAAAGUCUUUACGAAACGCGCCGAAAACUUGCCAUAAAAGUAACUGAUAUGAAGACACAGGAACCGAUCCUGCAUAUUUUGAAAAGAUUGCUCAUAUCACUGAACAAACAUGAAUGCUCAGAGCGUGCUAGCAUGAAAAACCUUACCAAUGAGGCUAGACAAAUGCUCACGGUUUGGGAGUCAUUUUUCUGGAGAUCAAAUAGAAUAAUGAGUAAAUUGGAUGACGUGUAUAGCAUAUAUACAAUGUUUAUCAGGGAAUAUGAGAACAUUAUAAUGGCUUUAACACAAAUUGAUGUUCAGGUUACCAACAUUCAACAUUUAUCAGGAUCUACUGUAGACACACCGGAAACAAAAUUGAAGCGACUUCGUGAUUUACACAAUGAAUUGCGGUUUGUUAUCAAUUUGUUUGAUAAACAAGAUGGAUUGGGAAGUUCUCUAAUAGAGCUUCUUCCGCCUAAUACUGUGUUGGAAAAUGAAGUACAACAAAAAAUUCAAGAAUAUCAUCAGCUAGCCAAUCAUAUCAAACAAAACCUAGAUACAAUUUUGGCUAAAACAAGCGAAAAAUCCGAUAUACAGAAGAGUGAGCAAAUCCAAACGAUAGAAAGUGUUCCACAAGAGAAGGACUCCGCGGUGCAGGUGAAUACGCUCCCAACAUUAUCAAUUCAAUGCAGAACUAUUACUGCUAAAGAAGCUUAUCAAUAUCAACUGGAAACUGCUCUGAGCGAAGCAAGAGCUCAUCUUGAUUCGUUCAAUCAAUCAGUCGCCGAAGUGAACGAGGAUAAUUUCAUAACAUCAACUCAAAAAGUGUCAAAAGCAUCAGCAGCAUGUGAAUCAUCAAUCGAACUAAUAAAACAUCUUAACGCAAUGAUCAUGUCCGAGUGUCAAAGCAGCAACGACGAGGCCUCGAGUGAUCUCGUUCGAGUAGAAUGCGAUAGAUAUGCACAAUAUCAAUCGGAGUGGCGCGAAAAGCAGGAAAAAAUGGAAGAACUAAGGUCUUUUCCUAUCGCUUACAAUUUCAUAUGCCUACACAACGACGACUAUCUGACUUGCCCAUUGUGUACCAACCGGAACUGGCAGCAAAUUGAUAAUGACCUAUGGCGUUUGGAACAAUGGUUGUUGAUGGCAGAGGCAACUCAGAAAACUCAACAUGCAAAUCCACCAGCUGACAUAGACACACUUGAGGACAUGAUUCAGGAUCACCGGGAGCUUUUGUUGGAUCUAGACAGUCACAAGAGUAUUAUAAAAUCGCUUAACAUCGUCGGAGAGCAUUUAGCAACUCACACACUAGAUACAGAAAAGGCGUUAAAAUUGAGAGAACGACUUCAGAAGGAUAACCAACGAUGGGAGCGGGUAUGCAGUCAGGCAUCUCAUUGGCAAUCUCAGCUUCACCGUUCACUCAUGGAAAAUCGAGAAUUCCACCGAACGAUCACGGAGCUUUGCGGUUGGUUAGAGCAAACAGAAAAUAAAAUCAAAAGCUCAGAACCGAUAGAUUUGACAUCGGAUACAAAACACAUUGAGAGAAAAUACAAAAUGUUCAGGGAACUAAGAAGUGAUUUGAUACGUUGUGAACCUCGAGUUGUUAGCCUGCAAGAAACAACAUCACAGCUAACCAAAUACGUAGACGUGAGCAAAUCACAAAAGUUUGAAGAAAUUUACGCAAAAUUGACUGAUUUAAGACUAAGGUUCCAUUCGAUCCGGCGGUUAGUGGAAAUGUACACAAUCAAAAUUGGAGCAGCUCUUGGAUAUGACCCGACCACAGAUUCACACAGUGUAUCAACGAUAGAUAGUCGACAAGAGAUUCAAGGCCGUAGCGGAUCGCUCACAUACUUAGCAGCACACGAAUUAAAUGCAAACACUCAGGACGAGGAAGACGAGGGACACAUCAAUACCACUAUAUUGACAAGAAGCUAUCGUUUUUUGGGUCGUGUUCUACGUGCAUCGUUACCUAUUCAGGCCAUGCUGUUACUGGUAUUGGGCGUUGUCACGCUCAUGCCCCACGGUGAAGACUAUUCAUGCUCUUUGACGAACAAUUUCGCAAGAAGCCUUGAGCCAAUGCUCCGUUACCCCAAUGGCCCUCCGCCAAUAUAAGAAGCCUACAUACUUAUAGCUAGUCGCAUAACUUCCUUUUCUAAUAUAUGUGCAAUAAAAAUAACUUACCACAAUAAUUAUACGUCACUUAUUUAGUAUUAGUUGCUUUGACUGAAGAGUAAUCGCCGCUCUUUGUUGUUGAAUUUUCGUUUGUUUUUUUUUAUAUUAACUAUAGAUUCUACUAAACAACCAACCAAGUUUAAGGCAUUUCUUUAUUUGAAACAUUAUUCGCUUUACCCCAAGUAUUUAAGUUACUUUAAUGUUGUAUCAUUAAAUUGUAUUAAGGAUUAAAAAUAAAAUCAAUACGAAAAAUGUG